CUGGGCAGAGACGUGUCUCACAGUCAAAGCAUCCUUCCGUCAUGGCGUCUGUUUGGGCUAAAUCCAUCGCUAACCUGCCGGUCCUGUCGGUUAUCUGCCUCCUGCUGCUAUGUCUGCCACCGGGAGGAGGACAAAAGAAGAAGGAGGUAACGUUUACUCCCCGUGAAUUAGCUAUUAACAGAUUAAUGUUGUGUUGCUUCAAAGGAGGAGGCUAAAUGAACCUGCCGCCCGGUGUUUGUAAAGCUAACGAGAAUCAGUCCGUGAAGGACAGGAUGUUUGUUUGAGACACAGGGAUUAACUACUCAUUUGGGGUCUACAAACGCCAGUAUUUUGGCAUUAUCUUUUUUUAACUCGUGUUUUCCUUGUCUUAGCUUGAGGGUUUUGCCUUUCUAAGGGCUGCAUUCUGCACAGUGUUUUUGCGAUACAUCUCUUUACUUCCUCCUGAAGCUUGUCUAUCAUUUAUGCCGGCUGUGGAUAGUUUCUUUAGAUGUUGAGUUUGGCCAUGGUGUACCUUUAAAUGUUUGCCACGCAAUCACAUACCAAGUGUUUUAAUUCCCUGAGAUUUUCUUCCAAACAGCAGACAUUCCCUGCAUUUUUUGCAUUAAGGAUUUUAUUUUGAAACGGUGCGUGCCGGAAAUGCUUCCCCUCUUUCCGGUAGCUUCACGGGCAGUGACUGAGAUGAUGCUAAAGACAAAAGCUGCUAAGGUAUCUGCACUAAUGCAGGUUGUGUUGCACGUGGGCAGCUCUGAACAAAUGUUGUUUUAGUAAAUAGGCCUGAUUUGUUAUUAUUUAAUGAAAAUGAGUCCGGGACGUUUCCGGAUGAAACGAAAGUGAGAGGAAGCUGUGGUGGCUCGUUUGCUCAGCUGUCAUUUGCCAGUGAGCCGGAAAGAGCGUCUGUUCCUGUACCCGUUCACCCACCUGGGUUCAAUUGACUGAGGUGGCUUAAACACAUGCAUGUGUUUGUUAACAUCGAAUACCUUAAUAAUAUUAUGCACCAUUAAAUUUGGUGCACCAGAUCAUAGAUGUAGAUUUACACCACUGACACAGGGCCAUCACUGUCAUCCGUGGAUAUUUUUGGAAAUGAAAACUGUAUACUUUUACGACGGAGCAUUAGGGCAUUAGGGCCUCAUUAAGAAAAGAAAAAAAUCGUAGUAAAAUAAUUUGUAAAGUCGUAAUAAAAUCAUUACUCAUGAGAAUAAAUUCGUAGGUAAUAGCUUUUCUAACCUGUUGUUUGUUGUUUAAAUGAGCGUGAGGGGGUAUAUUGAUGAAAAUAAUUACUUGAGAUAUCCUUAUGAACUUGUUAGUAAUCUUUAAAAGACGAUCUAGGGACUGCAUUUCUUUUUCAUGUUUAAUUUAAAUGCGUUUGAAAUGACUUGAAACCCUAAAAUGUAGAUAAGAUGUUCCUUCAAUAGUCCCACAGGAGGAAAUUCCAAAUUUACAGCAGCAUACAGACAUACAAACGGAAAUUAAAGGAUAGAGAAGCUCAAAGUUAAGUUAAGAAAACAGAAAAAGAUGUGUACAUGAGACCUAUUUACAUGUGAAGAAAUAGAAAAAGAGGAAAAAAAACAGUCUCAGAGUGCUCAUCCAGCGCCGAAAGUUAAAAACCUCCCAAUACAGAUAAGUUUGUGUAUUUGACUGUGAAGAGCAUCUACUGGGCAAUAAUUCUGCCACAUGGGCCAGAAUUGUUUUGAGCAUUUAGUGUUACCACCCCUGAACAUAGAGGAUUCAUACUAAUAAAUUAUUGGUCUUUCUGAAUGUGACCUCAGUUGAAAUUAUAAGCCUUGGUGAACAAACCAAAUUGUCUCAGGGGAUUUAACUACCCAGCAAUUCUAUCAAAAGUUAUUACAACAGAAAAGUUACCUCGUCUGAACCACUCCUCUCAACUGACUUAAUAUGUUUAUGAAUAGAAAAUAGAAUGAGUGGACAAAUUGCAGAAUGAAAUAGGCAAGAAAUUCAUGGACAGAUACAUGACAGGUGAGCGGAUACCUAAAUGAAUGAAAGAUAAUGUAUGUCAACAAAUGUGUGAAGAAAGAACUACCUGACUGAGCGAGAGAAUAAGCUCAUGAAUAAAUGGACAGAUCAACCAUGGAUGAAAAGGAAUUUGAAUGAGAGAGCGAAUGAAUCUGUAAUCGAGGCUGACACAUUUGCCCUCCAGCAAACACAGUCACACACAUAGAGACACACACGUAUACUCAAACCCAUUCUUUCAUGACUAAUUUUGAUAGCUUGUUGGCUUGUGAGGUAUGUGUGUGUGUUUGUAAUGACUGUCUCACACUAUAGGAGAGGAUGAAAAUAUGAACGCCCAUUUCACACUUCAUGCAAUGUAAACAAAUAGAGGUGACGUGUGGCUCAAUAGUAAAUCCAAGUCGAAAGUUCUGAGCUCCUUAAGCCCUGAGAUUGCGACUGAGGACAUAGACAGAAUAAGUUGUUAUCUGAGUUUGGUCAUUUAUGUUUAUUAAAGCUUUGAGAGGUAAAGUCUAUAAGCAGCUGGUGGAUCAGUGAAGCCACCCCUGGAUGCAUGAACAGUGUUUCCCCCAGGAUGGGAAACUAACUGUUGUGGUGAGUUAACCCAUUAAGACCUGAACCCUGUCUGAGACACGCCUCUGAAAUCCUGAGGGCAAUUUUGAGAAGGGCCCUCAGAUCCGAGGUUUUCUUAAGUAUUUAGGUUUACAAUAAAAGCUGAUAUCUCAGCCUCUGUAGCAGAUAGAAACAAAACUCAAAAAGUAUUUGAGAGCUUACACAUGUAGCUUUCAAGAUAACUAUCUUGAAAGCUACAAUAACCACUAAAACAAGUGGCAGUCAUGAUAAAGUGUCCACUCAAUACAAAUGAAAAUAUAAAAAAUAAAGUGGUGAGAGGGUAUGCAGCUGCCCUAGUAUAGUGCUUGUACAAAAGCAGCACUAAAAACUAAAUACGUGGUCAUGCAACACUCACAGAAAUCGCUGAUAGUGUGAGCCAAAGCUAGUGCUGGGCGAUAUGGAAAAAAAUGUAUAUCACGAUAUGGAUCAUUUUAUAUCACGAUAACGAUACAUAUCACGAUAUAGCUAUGGUAUGCUUUCAGUUCUAUGAAAAAUUUAAGUGUAUACAGCUGCACUAGUACAGUGCCAGUACAAGACCAGCACUUAAAACUAGAAAAAUGAAUAAAUAAAUACGUGGCUGAAGUGCGUUCAUGUCUGUGCUCACCCAAAGUUAUGCAACACUCACAGAAAACGCCGAUAGUGUGAGCCAAAGCACUCCAUAAUAAUAAUAAUAAUAAUACAUUUAAUUUGUAAUGCGCUUUACAUUUACAAAAAAUCUCAAAGUGCUACAGUACACAGUAAAAAAAGAGCAGCAACAAUAAAAAAAGCAUUAGAAUGACAGUCACAGAUUGGCAUAAAAAAAGAAUUAAAAAAAUAAAAAAUAUAGAGUUGCAAUGUAAGAGGCAAGGUAGUAAAAGCAUAAAGCAUAGAGGAAAACUAACCAAAGACUUUAUUAAAAAGGUAGGUCUUUAGGGCUCUUUUGAAGAGGUUGUUCACACUGCUAGAUGUUUCUCCUCCAAAGCUGCUCUCUGCCUCCAUCAUUGUUUACUUUACUCUUGAAGCACGUAGGAAGACCCGAGCAUGAAUCCGAGCGCUUUAUUCGCCUAUCAGGGGCAGACAGGUAAGGUGAUUUGAUUCGCCACGACUCCAGAAAUGAUUGAAAUACUACAGAAUGUCACAAAAUUAUGUUUUCUCGCUGCUGGCUUGAAGGGUAGAAAUGCGCAGCCGCGCUCCCAGCUGACAGGAAGUCAAACCACUGUUGUAGUUCUUUUGUGUUGCUAGCGCGGUCAAGAGUGUUGGCUCUCACUGAGAGAUGACUACAAAAAUGGACGCACCUGUUCAUCUGGUUGUUAAACACGGCUGAAAAUGAUCAUCUUUUAAUGUUGCUCCCGCUCCUUCCCACUCCCGUUGCUUUUUUUCCCGUCCCGUCCCGAUCAAGGGAUUAAUUAAAAAAUGACUUCCAUCCCGUGGGAUUCCCGCGGGAAUCACGUGACCCACGGGAAUUCCCGAAAAAAGUCAGCCUCUACAGGGAAGGUCCCGGAGCAGACGAAACAGGUGCCGGAGCAGAUGAAACAGGUGCCGGAGCGGCUGAAAUAGGUCCCGGGUCCGAUCAAAAGAGGUCCCGGAGCGCGCUCCGACUUGCUCCGGCACAAAUUAAGCACUGCUUACAUGAUCCCCUCACGUGUGUAACCCAGGUAACCCGCAACGGCGGGAGACGCUGGACACGAAGAGGGCACGUAAAGCGGCGUCAUGUCGCAAAAUCGAAAGAGAAAUGCGAGCCUACAUGUCAACGCAUCCUUUUCUUUGUAAGAAAAUAUUGUUUUCUUUCCCGUUCGACACCAAAUACACUUACUGAAUGUGCAAUUAUUGUUGUUGUUACUAUGAAUCAUCUGAUGGCACAAGCCCUAUGGAUUAAAUACAGCCUAUCGCCCGAAACAAUAAAAAUAAAAAUGGCACGAUAGACAUUUUCUAUCGUGCCCACGAUAUCUAUCGUCCUAUCGGCCAGCACUAGCCAAAGCACACAAUAUUAAGAGUUUGUUCACACUGCUGGAUGCUUCUCCUCCGAAGCUGCUCUGUGCCUUUGUCAUUUUUUAAUUUCCUCACGAAGCACGUAGCAAGAUUCGAGCAUGAAUCCGAUUGCUUUAUAAGCCUAUCAGAGGCAGACAGGCAUGAUGAUUUGAUCCGCCACGACUCCAGAAAUGAUUGAAAAACUACAGAAUGUUACAAAAUGACAUAUCUGCACUCCAGGCUUGAAGGGUAGAAAUGCGUAUAUGCACCCGGCUUUCCGAGUAGAAAUGCGCAGCCGCGCUCCUGGCUUGGAAAGUUGAAAUGCGUAAAUGCUGUCUCGGUUUAAAUGGGUUAAUAAGGGUUGGGGGGGGUAAUGAAUCAGCCGUGACAUCACCGACGAUAACUCACGAAUCCUAAUACUAGGCGCAUGCACAUAUGUAUGAGUCCAAGAUAGAGCCAUGUAAGAAAACACCUCAUUUAAAAGAUGUGGCGGCUUUUAUUGAGCCGUGGCAGUGCGCCACGUUCAAGAGCGUGUAGGGGAAAACCUGAUUAAAAAUAAAAGGAAGUGAAGCCAAAUUAUCUCCUGCAACAGAGCUAGCUGGCAGAGUUUGUUAAGUUUGAAACAUCUGACCAAGCAGGGAAACUGGUGUUCGCCGUUCUGCAAACCAAAAUACAUUCAACAGUUACUGUAAAACUUCCAAUAAAAGCCCAUCCUAAUUGAAGGCAGGGUCUCUUAGGAGCAGGGUUGGCUGCUCUUUUGGCAGAUUCUGACAGGCCGUAGCUUGAAGCCAAGUCACGUUAAUAGUUCAUUUGGUUGUCUGUGAUUUUAAGAGCUCAGUUUGUUUUACUUUCACUAAAACCAAAACAUUUACUGAUCAGACAGCAGCACAAAGAAAACUGAGGAACUUUAGUGUCAGGCUGUCAAGUUUGCACAAUGAAAUCAGCAGGAAGACACUUUGGCAUUGAAUUUAAAGGGAGUGAGAGGAAAAAUAACACUGAACUUCAUCUUUUGUUGAAAACUGUGAAAAAGCUGACUGCUUAAUGAUGGAGGGAGGAAGUUAAAGAUCAGAUACAGGUUAGAAAAAUAAACAUAAAUCAGCAAUAUGAUCAUGAUGAUGGAGGACAUAUUUGAGAAAAUAGUUAUUUCACAUGUAAAAUGAUUUUGUAGUUUGACCAAGCGGCAACCUCCAGCCUCAAAAAAUAAGGCUAAGGUCGAAGUGCUAUUAACUGCAGUUCUCUGAGUGCCCACUAGAGGCUGAGUGCAGAAGCACCAGAAACCUUGUACACACUGACCCCCAACUUCUACCACAUCCAGAAUGGCAGCGAUUUUCGCUGUCUGCCAAUUCUUAUUAACUUCGUGGUGGAUUACAGACAGCGAGAAUCGCGAGAACUCACAAGAAUCCGCGGAUUCACAUGCAAUCGUAUGAUAACCAGUUGUCUCUAUAAAGACAGCCACAUAACCAUAUAAGCAGUAGAUAAUGUCCUUCCAGAGGAGGGAAUCCACUUCUAGACUUCUAGAAUCAGCAUCUCCUCAUCCAUGGUGUCAUCGGGAUUAAAUGCUGUCCAAAAACCUGUCACCUGUUUGUCCUCGUUUGCAUGGUGUGAAAUACAAUCUGCCUGAAACAUGUAGUGUUUUAUUUUGAAAAGAAGCCGGAUGUUUUGUUUUCUGUCUGUGUCUGACUUCCUUUCCAUUAGGGAAUAAUCUGUGCUAAAUUUAUGCGGCAUGCGCCAGUGUCCAGAAAAAAAUAGAACUCUUGCGAUCAGCUGCAGAGUCCAGCGAUCCGCAGCGGAACGGAAAGAAGCCGGUGGAAAUUAACACAUUAACUUGAAAGGUUACGAUCAGCUGCGAUCGCCGCAUACAGCCUUUUCGUAGCCGUUCUGGAUUCGGUGGAAAUUGGGGGUGAGCCAAAGAAAAGCUGUUUUUUUAAUGAAAAUGUCGCCUGGUUUCAGCCUGAUUCUGGUUAGAAUAGUUGAGGACUUUCACUGUACGGGGUUACAGAAGCCAUUCACAAGGAGGCUAAAGGCCUGUCUGUGGUAGGUUGACCAAAAGUUAGGUUGAGUCAGCAUCACCAAUAUGGUGUCUGCCGUUGAUUGACUUCAAAACAAAUGGAUGAUGUUACUGAGGCUACAUCCAUUUAUCAUACAGUCCAUGACUUUGACCCAUGUUUCAUUGGUUAACAUGGAGGAGAUGGACUCUAUAGUCUGUGUUGCCAGCCUUUAAAGGAUGUAAUUAUGGGUUCAAAACUUCAGUUCGUUGAAUACUCCCUUACAGAACGUGCCUUGACCUCUAUACUAAAGUACAGCCUGCUGACAUCUGUGUUUAUUUUCAGAAACACCUUGUUUCACAUUCACUUAAUGACACCAGGGAGUUGCCUGUUAUAGCCACAGUCUGCUGUUUGGCACCUACUGGCUCAAGGACACCUCUGCAUUAUCUAAUGAAUGACAGAAGGAGCAUUUCUCAAUCACAUACUCGGCUGCAGCAUCUCCAGCUGUUCAGCUUACUUCUCUGGCUUUGACACUGUGACUUUUCUAUAAACUGUAGAGCUCUGUAUUCUGACCGUCAGUGUGCCACUUUGGUCUGCUCUGCCUUAACGAGUGUGUCUCUGUGGCAAGUAGCACACACACUCACAGAUACCUGAGCCACAGGAGACAUAUUGAGGGGUUAUAUUAUAGGAAAUGCGUCCUCCUAGUGGGCCUAUGGCAGUUGAAGAGGCGGAGGAAGAUCUUAUUAAGCUAAAAAAAAAGACGAAAUGGCAUUUUGUAUUCACCUCACCAACUGUAACCCUUCGUUGUAUCUCAGCUGCCACUAACUUCGACUUGAGACUGUCGAGCUGCAGAAGUCUCAAGUUUAUUAAGACUGUCCUUACACUUUGCAGCAUUCAAAUGGGUGUGUUAAAUUCAAAUUUAAUUUAUAAGUCAGGGGGAUUUGCUGCUCUCCCUAGGUUCAGUUUGAAUGCCACUGUGCUUGUUUCCCAUUCUAAUUGCCAUCUUCAUGGUGCUACUCAUAAUUUUACUAAUUGUACCCUAACUAAAUUUCAUCAUUUCCAUUUUGUACAAUAUUUUGGUGCAUAAUUUAAUACCAACUACUCUCAGACAGGGAAUUAGUCCUUGUAUGGGCUAAAUUUGCUUUUUUAGGACUAUUUUUAUUUGUUUAAUAUAAAGUCACUCCAUAUUGUUUAUUCACACUUUGUAAUACAUGGCAUUGAAAUGAGAACUGAACACUGUUGGAAAAAUGAUGAAAUCUGAAAAAAAGGAAGUGCAGAGGAAAGAGGCAGUAACAUCAGUCUUCUGCUUGUUGAAGUAGUUGAAAGCUUCAAAUUUGUAUUUGUGGAAGGAAAAAUGGACUUCAUUACAACUCUGACAUCAGAGUCAGAGCAGUGACCCUCCCAUCCUCCACCUCCUUGCAGUUCAAUGUAGCACUGGGCGAUUAUAUGUUAGUGAUAUCGUGAUAAACUUCAGUUCGAUCACAGUGAUUAGCUGUGAGCAUAUUUACUUGAUCAAACAUAGCGGAAAUGUGCGUGACAACACCCAAUCAGAGUCUAGCUUUUCCUGCUCACUUCUGUUAGCUGUUGAAGUAAACAGAAUGACUGAACGUGGAGCUAGACGCAGAGCUGAGGGCAGCAAAAUAGAUGUCAGCCAUGACUUUGAGUCAUCCUCUGAAGAUGCCACUGUUGAGAAAAAAAGUUAUUCAAUGUCGGUUUUGUGGCGGUGGUUCAGGUAUCUCUAAAGUGACGUCUAGCAUUGAAGCCAAUGUGCAAAGUAUGUCAGCGCCCUCAAAAACCGGUAACACAACAAAUCUUUUUAAUCAUUUGAAGAAGUACCAGUAAUGCUUUCCACAUCCAGUGAUGUGGAAAGCAUGAAAAUGUGAGUGGAGUCUGAACAGCCUGUCACUGCUGACUGCACAAGUAGCAUUAGCAGUUUAGCCACAACUAGCGGUGCAGCCAUCAGACCAAAGCAGCGAUCAAUAGUAUCAUCUACGUUUACAUCAUCUAAUGUUUACAUUUUGAGGCAGCUUCAUUACCCCUGAGGGGGUGAUUUGUUUAUUUUGGGUCUUACAUACCUGCAAAAACACUCAGCACUGUAAACUAGUUCACUGUAUUAUUUAUUUACAUUUGUUGUACUGUUUAGUGAAAAUACUGUUUAGUUUUUUUUUAAAAUAUUUGUCCAAGUUUAUCUUAUUUAAUUUGCUUUGUUAUUUUAAUAAAAUGUUGAACUAAUCUCCAGUUUCUUUAGUUUUUAGUACAGAUGCUUUAAAACUAGCAGUUUAAAAAAAUACAAAAAAAUUGUGAUAAUAAUCGAGAUCAGACGAUAUGACAGAAUAUAUCGUGAUCUUUUUUUUUCCAGUCCUAAGUCAAUGACUUUUUUUCUACCUCUGCUGUUUGACAUUUGCUUUCAUGCUGCCUACCUGUUAGCUUGUGUGUGUUUGUGUCUCUGUACGCAUUACACAAACCUUCGACUUGCAUGUGAGUUAACCUAGGGUUGAACAUUAGAGAGUCAUCAGCUAGUUGCAUAAUUUACACUAAACCAUUCUGUAGUGAAGGCGCCAGCAUCAAUAUUUGUCUCAGGUCAAGUAUGAUCAUGCUAUAUCUGUUUAUCGGUGGAUAAAGUAAUGGUUUGAACCCUCAAUAAAACCUACAAAAUAGGAUUGAUGUCAUGACUCUUCUUGAGUCUUGCAUUGGCACCAAAUCCAACUGGAGUCUUUCAAAAAUGUCUCCAACCUUCUUGAAAUCAACUCUUGGGUGUCUCGGAAUCAUCUCAGUGUAAUGUUCUUUAAAUUCAGGUCAGAGCAGUAAAGCACCACAUUUUGCAGCAAAAGUGGGCAUCAUAUUGAUAGACCACAGGAAACUUGGAUGAAAACUAGUCCAGUGACAUAUUGUGAGAGCCAGACUACAGAAUACCAUUAGUGUCAGUGUUACGCAGAGUUAUUUAUACCCUAGAAAGUUAGAUGUUUAAAAAGCAAAGCUAAUUCUCCUUGUUCUAAUGUUCCUUGUCCUUGCAGAGCUUAUCAAGAUGGAGGGAAGGGUGGGUGGAGCACAAUGAUAAAAAUAGAGUCUGAUAGGGAAUAGGAGAAGUUAAGGAUAAAGUUAAGUAGCAAGAUUGUCACAGACAGGAGGGGGGGGAGACAGAAAUGAAUUAACAAGAAAUAAAAAAAGAAGUUAGGGUAGCAGUGGUGGACCCCUGCCUUUUUAAAUCAGGCUAUAUGCCCCUCGGGGAGUGUAAGAAAUAGUCAUGAAGAGAGAAAGAAUAUUUAUAUCCCUUCAAUACUGCCUCGUUCAUCACCCUGGCUCUGCUAGAUAUUAUAUCUAGCUUGUGUUGUGUUUCUGUCUUAAGGCUGACUACAGCACAAAGAAAGGACCAAUGUAAGCACUUCCUAUACCAAGGCACACAGAGUCAGGGGAGGGAAAGACGGGAAAAAAGUCCAGGGCAGUGAGUCUGCAGCAAGGAGAAUUAUAUAUCAAGAGAGUUAUAUAUCUACAGAGAGAUGGAGAUUGCAAAGUAUCAGCCCUGCUACCACACCCAGGGACCAGUCUAAUAAGUGGAUAGGAAUAAUAAGAGCUUGCUACCUCUGCACACAGCGGUGCAAUAAACUACUGGGCAGAGCCUUCAGGGCAUAACCUGAGCCACUUGCUGAGUUUAGACUGGGGCUUAUGAAGCUAAACACUGUGUAAGCACUAUUGACUCUGGGUUUUCCGUCUGACCUGCUCAUUGGAGAAUAAACCAUUGCUCACUGUUUACACAUUCUGCUCAAUGUCUUGAGGUUUUAUCGUGUAGACAGGAGUGUAAAAAAAAUGUACUGGUAUGCAUUAAAAGUUUCAAGUUAGAUACUGUUAUAUGAUUCUAAAGGAGGAAAUAAAACCAGAGCAGUAAAUGGAAUUAAUAAAUAAUGAUCCUCUUAACUACUGUUGGUCAGCACUUAUGGAUUUCACAAAUAUGUGGAUUUCUUACAAACUGCUGGUAAUUACUUUUGUAAAGGUUGAGCGGUACUACCGUCCUCAGUCAACAACAAAAUAUUGGCUGACUAAAAAUGGAACAAAGAAGUACUUAAGGAGUUGCAAGUUAACCCAUUGUGAGUCACUCAAAACGCUGUACUUUAAAAAUAGCUGGUGUAUGCUCCCUGCUGGGUUUAGACCUUAGCUGUAAGACUUACAGUGUGAGUUUGGGCUGAAACACUGACUAAAUAUUGGAUGGACAAUGUCUCUUCAUUCUGCCUAUUAGGAGCCUUGAAGCCAAAAAGGUGCCAAUAUUCCAGCUGGUACGUCCGAACCACAGCAUCUGCUGAAGCGAACCAUCUGGUAGUGUCAGACCUGCAACACUCGACAAAACACACAUUAAACUUUACAGCAAAAUGUCAAAGAUCCCUCAGGUCAGCACAGUCCACAGCAAAACAGAUUCUUUUGUUGGUUUGAAACAGACACCAACAGCAGCUACAGAGAGUUUAAUGACUUUUUCAUUAGUGUUUGAGUCAUUGUCUCCAUUAUUUUUCCUCCUCUACUCUGCCGGUCCAGUCCAAAACAUCUGUUCUUUUGUCAACAGAGCUGUUAAUGAUAUCACUCUUUUUGAAACUCAAUACUUAAUUAAAACUUCAAUUGUCUGGAAAUUUUUUUUAUUUUAUUUGAUGUGUAUUUCAGUUUAUUUGUUUGGAGAGUUUGGGUUUAUGUCUGUGGCUGGUCAGCAUUGGGGGCCUCUAAAUCUCUUGUCUUCAAGCUGGUUGUUAAUAACAAUAAUAAUAAUAAUAAUAAUAAUAAUAAUAAUAAUAAAUUGUAAUUGUAAUUCCCUUUACAUUCUAGGAUCUCGAAGGGCCACACAUUCAAAACAAUGAAACAUCACAAUAAAGGGAUAGAAAAACAGGAUCUAGAUUAAAACAAGAAAAAAAAAAUCUCAAAGGAAAAAAACAAAAACAAGAUCAGCAGUUUUAAGAGUGGAUAAAAAGGUUUUAAGAAAAGAAUCUAAGAGGGGGGAACCAAAAUUUUUGCUAAAAAUAAAGUUUUAAAGUCCUUUUGCAAAACAUCCUUUUUUUGGAUGGAAACUUGUGUCAUCAACUGUAAACACAGGCCAUGGGCUGAUAUCCCAUCUUGACCCGAAAGAAGGUAAGAUUUUUCCUUUGAAGCACAUCCCAAAAUACUAGCACCAUAUUUCUUUUUUUUUUUCUAAUAACUUGUAGUCCUAGCAUGACAUAACACAGAGAAAUCCUGUCAUAUGUUUUUGGAUGACUUUUUUGUCGACGUUUCAGAAGUUUGAGAUUUUAAAGUCCUUUAAACUGUCUUUCCAAUUCAACAGACUUUAGAGCUUUUUUAAUCAAACUUUUGGAAAAGCUGCUGUUGGAUCUUUACCUACUUGCUUUUUUGUGGUCUUGCUAAGUGGUGGCUUAUUAAAACAAUGAUCAGCUUCACAAGAAUGCUGGAUCGUCAUUCAAGGUUAGGACAGAUAGCUCUUAAACUUAAUACUCUGACUUGAUUUAACUUCUUUUAAUUGACAGUGUAUAUGGUGACUUUUGGUAUUUGUAAGUAAAACAAGCUCAUGAGACCCUGUCACUGUGGAGCUGAUACCGUGAUACAGUUGCACAGUCACCAAACGGGUAUACUUUGUUCAGCCUACACUUCUGAUCAUGAAUGAGUGCCUGUUUUCAUGUUGUGGGGAGAAUCUGGAGCUGCACUCAAGUUUCAAUAUGUCCCAUGCUGUGUACAGAAGGUUUUGUUUGUUGUCAGUUGUUGGAGUUGGAACGGAGGAGUUGUUUGCUGUGUUUGCCUGUGAGCGUGUUAGUAACAGUCAUCAGUGGAACGCCGUGCACCAUACUGGGUUCGACCUGCUUUUAGAGCCAGAGUUUUUCUUUACAUCUCUCCUGGUUGCACUCCUUUCUCUGAGCGCUUUUGCCGACUUCAUCAGAGUCUAUAUUUAUCUUGGCCUUUCAUUUGGUUAUUUGUCAAAUUGAACUUUUUCUUGUUGCACUGAUCCUUUGUAUGUGUAGUCGUAUAUAGAGUCAGUGCCAUAUAAUGAUAAAAACUGUCAUUGUGACACCAACACAGGCCUUUAGCAUUGCAGGUCCUCGUUCUCAUUCACAAUCACAAUAUAGUAUAGGUUACCAGUAGUAACCUAUGUACACAUGAUUACUGUCCUCACACAGACUGACAUCAUUUAAAGUAACACAAUGAUGCUCAUGCCUCAGGUCAGGGUUUGGUGGCAGCUGAAUCAGCCUUGGAGAGCAUGGCUGCUAUAGAGGCACUAAUACCCCUGACAAACCCUUUGCUAUAAUUCAUGUGACAAUAUGCUCACAAAUAGAAAAGUUACCUGACGUCUCAAUGAGUGAUAAAUGAUGCAGAUUUAAAGCCAUAUUGUCCACCUCUAUUGUGUAUGCCAUUGUUCAGUCUUCAAGUCUCUUUGUCCCUUUUUUCUCUCUCAUAAAAAUGAAUGUGAAUGUUGCUCCGGUCCGAAAGCAGAAUAUUGUAUCCCCCUUCCUCCUCCUUAGGAAUUGCCGGCACAGACCAAGCUGGAGCUAUAAUGCCGCCAUAUUUUGUGCAGUGAAAUGUUUCAAUGUUCUCUCAGUGAAUUCAGGGGUGAUUUGUUUGGAUCUCGCUCAUUAGCCAUAGUCAUCUGAAUUAUUGAUGCGGUAGUGUCAGGCCUGCUUUCCCAAUGACUGAUGGCCUGCGUUCCCAAGUCAUUUUCCUCCUCUGUUAUUCCACCUUCUCCCCCUCCUUUUUCUCCACCCCUUUCCAACACUUAGGUAGCAAAUUUUCUGGGUGGCUAAAGGAUUUUCAUCACCCGCUUUCAACCCCCUUUCCCCUCCCAUGUCACCUCCCCUGUGUCUCUUUAUUUUAACUUUUCUUCUCUCCACCCGCCUUCGACAUUUCUAUAUUUAUGUGGUGUCAUAAAACGAAUUCCCUAUUUUUUCCCUUCCAUUAGGUCUUCACUCUGUUCUCCUUUCUUCUGUCUUUCCCUCCCUUCCCCUCCCUCUUCACUCUUUUGCCAUUUCCCUGACAUUUCUGAGGCUAAUUUCUGGGCCAGCCCUGUCUCAAUCUAAAAAGAUUGAAGGAUAUUUCCUCGUUGUUUUGAACAUUAAUUUCUCAGUGGCGUUCCCCAGAUGUAUAGGCGCUUGCUCCUUCUGAAAUGUCUUCUCUGUUGCUGAAAUAGCCAUGGAGUCAUUUAUUCAAUCAUGUAGUCAGUUACUUACUUAAUAUGCCGGCAGUCACUCAAUCAAUCAAUCAUUAACUUACCCAACCAACAUUUAGUCAGUCAUUCAUUUACUCUGAUAUUACCUCUCCAUGUCACUUAGUUGCACACAACUUCCUGCUCGCUCAUUAACAGGUAAUACAUUUCCUUAAUUACCAAACACUGUAUGUCUCACACGAUGAUUAAUAGCUUUGUCAGUAAUAUUAUUGGCUGUCAUUCAGUCACUCAUUCACAGACUACGCAACUCACACUGCGGCCAUUUGCCCCUGAUGUUGAGUAGUUCAUAAAACAUUCGCCACAGGUAGAGGAAGUCCACUUGGGUUAGUGCAGUCUCCUGUGUUUCACUGAAACCUGGUUGAUUCUAAUCAACUCAGAUAUAGUGUAAACCUUCGCGCAUAGCUGUCAAGGAGAUAAUGCAUUGUUCAGAUAUUGAUCUGUUGGCAGUUGCUGUUCAGCCAUAUCAUGUUCCAAGGGAGUUCAGUCAUAUCAUAACAAUACUUGUACAUCCCACCCAAGGCAACGACUGAAGUUCCGUGAGAUGUUCUCCAUGUUACUGUUGCUAGGAUGCAGACUCAACAUCCUGAGGUACUUGUAAUAAUAUCAGGAGACUCCAACCAUGCCACCCCCCCCACCCCCCCCAUUAACUGUCCUACUAAAGAAAACAAAACCCUGAAUCUGCUGUAUGCCAACGUUGCAGAAGCUUACAGAGCCACUGCCUUACCAACACUGAGCAGGUCAGAUGAUACCUUGAUGGACCGAAAAAUAUAAAACCCAACAACGGCUCCUCUCUCUGUGCUGCAGGAUGGAGAGAUUCAGAAGAUGUUUUGUACCCACAGACAUCAGACUUUUUAAUUCUUCUAUAAAUAGUAGAUGAGAUGAGAUUUCAGACAAACCAAUUUCCCUUUGGGGAUCAAUGAAGUUCUUGUAUUGUAAUAUCAGCAUUCAGCCACGUAGGAACUAACAGAAAUAGGUAGUGUUUAAUUGGUGUAUAAUUUCCUUUAUUUUAUGGCUAGAUCUAGAUGUAAAAUGUGGGGGGUCUUACCCACUGUGUCUGAUUUUAAUAACCACCUACUCACCGUGCAUUAUCCUGCUUUCUACCCAAUUACUAACCAACACAAAACAAGUUGAUAAAACACUGACUUAAAGAAAAUUAGACUUUCAAAACAACCUCAACUUUUGUCACAUUACUAAGUAAACUUGUAAUGUUUUUAUCGACAUGCAGAGGUAAAAUAUGCUGUGCUCUCUUCUGCGGAUUGAUUGAAUGUGAGUGAUCAGACUGCUCCUGGUGUCGCUUUAGCUGUCAGGAAUCAAUAACUCUUACAAGGUUUGACAAACCAAUCAAGUAUUCAACUCAGGUAGCUAACAGCUAACAGCUUUUCAAAUAUAUUAUUUCACCUGAAAUAUGACCUGAUGUCCCUCCAUAUUCUCCCUAUUUAUUUUUCCCAUAUUCUUCACUGCUCCUGGAAAACGGUUAAGGAAGGAGAAGGAAUUGACAGAUUCUGUUUGUGGCUGUCCACCCUUUGAAUGGCAGCGAAGGGAAACGGUCCCUUUACAUUCACAUUGUAACAUUUGAAGAAAACCAGAGUCUUGUCGUUGGUGACUGUUAUUUUGCUGGCUUGAACCUAACUGCAAAUUCAAACCAUACCAACAUUUCUAUGAUGUGUGUAAAGGCUUGUAACAUAGGUUUGUAUCUACUAUUGAAGAAAGUCAUUCAUGGAUUCAUGCAACUGAUUGCCACACCAAACUGUCACAUAGCCACGGUCUUGAGAUGUCAGGUGAUGUGAGCAAUUUGUGAGUGUACACAUGAGAAUUUUCCCCAACAUCAAGCCUUGAUGUAAAUAUGCUCUCAGUCUGUCUUACAGCCAUUCAAUUGCUCGAGCUAGAAUUGUUGCAUUGUGUACCAAUGCUGAGAUUUUGGUCUUUCUGACCUAUGUCUGAUUAUUCUUCUCACUUUUCUCCAUCACUCUUAAUCUUCAAAAAGACAUGUUGGUAUAACAGUGCUGUCUCCUUUGCACCCCUCUCUUCUGUAAUCGCUCAACUUUUCCCUCUUGUCCUCCAUGCCUCACCUCCCUUCCCCUCUUCGCUCUCUCUUGCUCUCCCCCCUCCCAACCUCUCAAUGACAGGCCUCACCGUACAGCCAAUAUGAGGUGGCAUAUAAUCCCACGGUGUGUACGGGAAUGUGUCUGGGAAUGUGUGUUUGUGUGUCUGUCUGGCUUGCGGCUGAUAAGACGUCUCACUCUUAUCCUCCCAGACAGACCUGUGUCGCUGUGACGGUUCGCAGGCCACACACACAAACUCAGAUAAAUACUCACAGCUACACACGGAAACAGACACAAACGUACAAGUACAGAUUUAAACAUAUGCACACACACUACUAUGUACUAGGUUGUAGGAUUGAAAGCCUUAUAGCGGAGCUUUUUCUAAUGCUGCGUGCCUGUCACUGUGUGUGUGUGUCAGUGUGUGUACAUGUUGCCUGUCACAGAUAUCUGAUGAUGCUCUCUUAUUAAACUCUUAGUCUUUCUGCUUCACUGGCAGAAAGCCUGUUAACACUGCACGGGGCUAAAGCCUUUUAAAGUUUGUCUGAGUGUCUGUUUGUGUGUGUGUGUGUAUUUAUAUGUUUCCCUCUCAUGAUAGAGUGGCUGUCACAAGACAUGCCUUACUGAAAACACUUGUCAUGAAACAUUUACUGUAGACGAGAGUGAGGGGAAAAGAGAAAAAGGGGGAGAAGCAGAUUUCUUCAAGUCAGCAACCUGGUUGGCCUGGUUAGAUUUAGGGACUGUACUCAUGUGGCUGGAGUGAAUCCUUGAAGGGUACCACUACAACAUACUAAGAGAUACAGUACAAUACAAUUAUAGGAUAGGAUAGCUUAAGGUAGGGCUGGGUGAUAUGGGAAAAAGUUUUUCAGGAUAUAUAUAUUUUUUCAAAUCAGUCAAUGUUGAUGUAUAUUACGAUAUACAAAAAUGAAAUUUAACAGUGCUUAUUGGUAGCGUCUCUUUUGCAAUACAAUAAUCUACUGCAUCUUUGAGGUUUUUGUGUCUCUUUGACGUUUUGUCGUAAGGCGUUGCGCCAGAGAAAAUAGAAAACGAAAUAGUCGGCUGUUUCGGCUGCACAGGUGCCAAUGGCUCUUUGCUCCGCUCUGGGUUCAUAAACUUUUGCAUUGCGUGUGCUCUGCCGCGUGGCACUGCCUCAGGUGGUGAAUGAAAGUGCUAUGGUUGUGUGUAGCUACAGCCUGCUACUACGCAGUUGUUUGCUACUUGGUUCUAAUUCAGCACAUGAUUGGUUCGAAGCAGACCUGGAGCAACUCCCCUUUUCCUCUCACAUAGACUAUUCAUAUAGUCUACUAAAACAUGGCAGAAUGCCAACUAUCGAAAAGCAUAUUGACCAUGUUUUAUAUCGAUAUUGAGGGAUAUUAAUUUUUGGUAUAUGUCGUUAUCGUUUUAUUGCUCAGCCCUAGUUAAAGGAUAGGGGGAUGGGACAGAAUAUGAUACAAUGGGAUAUGAUAUGAUACUAUUUGAUAUGAUAGGAUACAACAUAAUAUGCCAGUGUUACCAAUACAAAAGUAUCUGACCUUACAAGCCUGAUAACAACACUGACCAGCAGUAACACACAGAAGUCCAACCCAAUGUAUCAAAGUCAAAUAUUUCAAUUAAUUAUGAAGUUAUUAAUUUGAUGACACCCUGUAAGACUGUGGUAAUGCCAACCUGCCUACUUAGGUAGAGGGGGAUAUUAUUUUAUAUUUUAUCAUUCCUCAGUGUUUCUAGACAUGUUAGGCUUUGGAGCUAUCAUAACUGUCUCUGUUUAUAAGUUGAAAGACGUUUAAUUUCACUGUUGUUUCCACAUUUAUUUCCAUCCAUAAAGUCGGCAAUAAAAGCAGAGUCCUCUCUGUCCCUCUUGUGACUCAGUGUGCUGUAAAUUUCUCUGUACAGUUCAUCCCGAUCAUCUCGUGUCAGACUUUAAUGCCUUAUCAAUGCCAUGCUUGUGUGCUGUGGAGUCACAUACUACACCCCAGCUGACCGUUAACCCUCUUCCCACACCAGCACAGGCAUCAUGUUUUUUUACAGUCUUUCUGGGAUUAAAGGGAAACUAAAGCCGUGUUCGCUAUAGUUCUGUUAAGGUCAACAGAAGGAGAAAAAAAAACAAAAAGAUUGUUAAAGUUUGGACCAAACUUGACACUCGUACAGCAAUUCAGGUCCCUUUGUUUUCUCACUGCUGCCAUGUUGCUCAAAUCUAAUGUAUAAUAUGUGAGAAUUACAUCUUUUAUUCAGACCUAAUGCUAAUUUCUAUUAAGCAGUUUUCCCAAAGGAUAUUUUGGCUGAUAAUAUAUUUUAAACUCUGCCCCUCAAUCAGACAUAGACACACAAACACACAUCAAGUCAGUUUAAACCUAAAAUGGCUGCAUAAGUAUUUAUUUGAUCAGAGACUCUUAGAUAACCACUUGCUCUGUCUCAUUCUUCUUCUUUGCUUCAUUUUCUUAGUCUUCACUACAUCACACACUAUUUUAUCCUUGAGUUUAUCUUGGAGGCGGACAGUGUUUCUUUGCAUCUGUAACCUCUAAGCUUUGUCGGCCGACAAGGAAGAAAGUCCUUAAAGAAAAAGUUUCCCUCCUCUUCUCAGUUGCAUUGAGAUUUAUUAACAUUACGACUCUGGAGAAGCUUGCCUGUCUGUCUACCUGACAGAUUAUUUAUGCCCCCAAAGUAAGAUAUUAACACACAAAGACACUCACACUUGACAGCACACACACACACAGGCAGAGCAAUAAGGUAAUAUAACAUCGUGGACUGAAGCAGUUUAGCAUAAAGCUGCAGUCAGGAUAAAUGUUAAAUGCCAUUUUGUGUCAGACCAGGUCUGACUCUUUCUCUCUUACAGUUUCAGUUCCUCCUCUACUUUCUGUCUUUACCUCUGUCCUGUCUUAUCUGGUUUAACCUCUCUUACUGCACAGCCACUUAAAGCAGUGGACUGACACAGACUCUGAUAGAGACUAUCCAGAAAUGUUCAAAACAUCUUGAAAAUGUAUAUUUUAUACAUGUAACACAUGAAUGCUUAGUCUUUACAUGCUCUUUACAUCAAAGCAUGUCUAAUGGGACCUAAAUUUCCUGAAAUUGUCUAGAAAAUAACAGGAGUCGAAGAUUGAAUAAGUAGCUUUGCUUUAACUGUAAACCCCUUUACAUCACCGGCACACACACUCAUGUAUUUUUAUUACUCCGGUCAGGAAGAGUAUCAGGGUUCAGGUCUAAAAGUUGUUUUUCAGUACUGCCUGUCCAUCCUGCAAUCAUCUACAAAUAGAACUACGUAUGUCUAUUCUGCAAGAGGACCCUAUUUAUAGUGCAAGUACAGCAGCAAUUCAACAGCUGGAUGUGUUGUUUCAUAAACACAGGACAAAAGACACUGAAAUUGAAGCUUGUUCGUCUCGUACCAUCGACAAACUCCGAGCUGAAAUCUUUUCUAAUAUACAAAUUAACAAGGAGAGUAACAGAGACCCCUCAAAGACACGUCUUUGAUGAGGAGCUUGAUUUGUGAUCAUUUUCACAACCCAUGUUUUAACCAAGCAACUGGUGGUCCACCCCAAUCCCACUGUUCACAUUAUUGACCGGUCCAUUAGUCCCACCAGCCGAGCUUGGAGCACAGCAUGAUCAGCACAGCUAGCUCAUCAGCUCUCAUGUGAGGCUGACACCACUUUGCAGUUGGCGAUAAGACAGCUGUAGCUUGGAGGGCUAAGAGCAGUGACGUUACUGCUAUCACAGCUCAUAAGACUGCAGUCAGGGUACUUGGACAGAGGUGAAGUUUUAAUGUAUGCACUUUUUCACAGCAAUAAAACAAGAAUGGUUCUGGAUAGAAUGCAGCUUCUCUCUGGUGACUUUAUUGUCAGCUCAGCCUGAAAUGAGCUCUGUUGCUGGUGUGCCAGCUCAGAGAGGUCCAACUAAUUAAGAAACCACAGGCCUUGUGAUCUUCUACUGUAGUCAGUAGGGAUGCAAUGAUCCAACUUUUACAUUCCAGUACUGCUAACAGUACCUGGGCUUUGGUGUCUGCAGAUAUCGACACUGAUCUGAUCCAACAUCAGCAUUAAAUUGAAUCUUGUUAGCUGACAACAAUCACAGCUCCGACCUGAUGGAUUUAUGAGCACAUGCAGAGUAGUAAACGUGUUUGCCAGGGCUGUGUAUUGGCAAGAAUUUGGCAAUGUAUCAUGUAUUCUAUUACAAAGGUGACUGACUAUUUCUUUGCUGAAAUAGCCAAUUUUUGGAAAAUCUUGGAAAAAAAUGUAAAGAACACACAAUGCUACAAACACAAGCAAAUAAAGUAAAUUUUUAUGAACGCAGUCAGAACUGUUGGACCUGCAUCAAAGUUCCUAUUACGUUGCGUGAUAAAGCAACCCCUUGCUGAGCUGAGAGUCCAGCUCCCUCACUUAAACUUCAUGCUCGCCAACUUAAAAUCGAAUACUUUUUGAACACUUUUGGUGGCAUGUAAACCAAAGAUAGAUUUCUGUUGUUAAGCCAACUGUGUGCGUAAUCAGUUUUUUUCUUGCAUAUUAAAAUCAGUAAUACUCUUUCUGUGGGGGAGAGAAAAGCUCAGCUGUGAGUCAUCAGACAAAUUCAGUGCUUUGUUCUAGUCAAAGCUUUGGACAUGGACAACUAACUGUGCAGGUACUAAUAAAAACACUUUGCUUUUUUUUGUAUUUUUCAUUCCAGAGAGAGACAGCUAAAGGUCGCCAAAGCCAAAUGACACCACAGUAAAACACAUUGAUUAAUAUCUGAAAAUAAUAAAUUGAGAAAACAAUAAAUAGUCUCAGGAAGUUCCAUUAUAGCCAAGCAAGUAGACCCAUAAUAUCAUUAAUAAUUGUGCAAUAAUAAGUAACACAAUAAUUGCAAUUAGGGAUGCACCAAAAAUCCGGCCACCAAGAAUUUUCAGCCGAAAAAUGAGCCGAAAGUGCAUUUUUGUUGUUUUGACCAAAAGACUUUUAUCACUGAAACAACACGGCCAAAACAGACGUCAUGAUGAUGCAAGCGAAACCGCAGCCAGCACACCUUUGUCUGGGUAAAGGCCAACAUGUCUGCGGUGUGGAUGGAUUUCAAUAUCUAUAUAUCUGAGAAUCAUGGAUAGUGAUUAGAGUAGCAUGUCACGCUAAAAUUUAAAGAGAGGGUACAUUUACAAAGAGUUUCUUCACACUGAAAUCUAAACAUCCCGAUCGCCAUUCUCAAUAUAAGAAGAACGUGGCACACUCUAAACAUGCCCACUCCAUCUGUGACGGAUGUUGUGGCUGAAUACACCUGCGACGCUGGGGAAGUUUAACUUCUUCUCACUUUUAUUUAUAACUUUACCAGAAAUCAAAAUUGCAAUGCAAACUCAUGCUCAGCUCCCACUUUCAAAAAACACACUGAUGCGUCUGUACCGCUCACAACACUUCUUUUUUCACUUAUUACACUUAUUUCACUUUUGAGUUGGUUUUGCCCCUAACUCAUGGGCGCCAUCUAAAGGUAUAAACAACACACAACAUGCAGCAACACACUGACUCAAAAACUCAUUUAAUAUUUGACACAAAUUAAUAUUAAUUUAUACAAUUGCAAUGCCUUGAAUUUAGUGAGAAUACUACACAGUCAUAGCCAUAAAUGCAAUGGUGCUAAUAACUGGCAUAAUAAUUUCUUUCGAUGUUUUGGUUUUCGGCCUUGGUUUCCUCAUUUUUGUUUUUUGGUUUCGGAAACUAGUGGUGCUAGGAGGGCUUCGCAGCGACACAUAAACUUUAUAUUAUUGACCUUGCUGAAUGCGGUGGGAAACUAGGAAGACAGUUGAAUUCAUUUUUCCCUUGCAGCCCCCCAAAACUAACUGCAUCAUACAAGUGGGACUUUUUGCUUUUAAGCUCAAUGUGAUUUUUCACACUUCAUCAUCUCUACUUUAUCUUGAUUCUGUACAUGGCAAUUGCCCCUGCCCACCUCCUACGAUUCAUAAUGAGAUAACCAAUGGUGAGACUGUUUCAGCUUUACAUUCACAUGGCAUGAAGGUAGUUAGUGUUUCUUUUUUUGCACAAUAAGGUCAGAUAUGCUUGUUCUCAUUUUCUAGGUAUUUUUGAAUAUAUAUUUCUCAUAAGGGGAAUCAACAGCUGCUUUUCUUUCUUUCCUAAUAGGUCUAAUGAGACUGAAUGCUCACCCACACAGAGGUGAAUAACAAUUUUGAAGGGCUUAUAAGGCUAAUGAGGAGUGAAUUAAGCUCCCCUGUUCUCAGGCACCAAUACUAGUGUUGGCUUCUAAAGGCUAAUUAGGUGGCAUACUAGGCCAAUUACACCUGCAUUUCUUAUAUCUUUUACAUGCAUUGUGUGCUUAGCCUUGACUUUGGCCAUUAAGUAGGAUCACUGCAGGCUGAUUGGCGCAGUCUGUAUGCUAGACAGGUGUGUGAAGUUAAAAGACAGAGGCAGAGAGAGAGAGGGGUUGGGGGGUGGGGAGUAAAUUAAGGGAUCGGAGCCAAAGGUCACACACAAGUUACGCGCAGCACACCUGGGAAGUGGAAAAGAAGAAGGUAACAGACUCGGCAGACAGACAGGCUCACAACUUCAUGACCUUUCAUGAGUCCAAACCCCUCACUUCCACGUUUUCUGUGCCUUGUGCUUUAAACAGAAGCCAGUAGUUACCACCUUUUGUAUCUUUUGGUCUCCUCUCAGCUGAAAGUCUGUAUUUUGUUACAGCACUGCAGGCAGCAGAGUGAACUCAGGUCAAUACAUUAGAACGAGACACGACUGUGGACAACAUGGACUCUUUUGGACUUUCAUUUUUCAUUGGCUGAAACUCAGCAGUUAGGGGAAGGAUUUAUUGAAGCUAAGAAGGCAGAGGAUUGGAAAGUGUUGGCUUCUUUGUAUAAUGUAUAUUUCUGAUAAGGCAGGGUUCUUCUAUAUAAAAACUUUCUGGAUUUAGAGACCUGUGAAAUAGCCUCUCAGAAGCAGUUGUGAUCAGGGGCUGUAAAAGGGCUGGAGUGCAAAUGCUUGUUCAACGAAGGGUGUGUGUUCAUUAUCUCAAUACCUUCUCAUACACUCUCACAGGCGCAUUGCAGCGAAUAUGAAGACUGGGGGAAAGUGAAAAUUAAAUAUAUUCUAGACUUAUUACAUCUAAAUUUAAAUGUUUAAUUUUUCUAUUUAAAUUUUGAAAACCAUGACCUAGCUCAAAAGUGUUGCUCAGUGGUCCAAAAUACUCAUUUUAGAUGAAAGUAAAUUUUGCAUUUCAUUGAAAAAUUAAGGUCCCACAGUGGGAGAGGAGUCCAAGGUGUUAGAAGUCCAGUGUGAGGUUUUUAAUUACGAGCUGAAGGCUGAUCGCUGCCAUUCCUAAAGCAGUAACUAAGUGCAGAGUCUAAAAAUCAACAUGCUGUCAGAAGUUGGUCCACAUUUCUGUAUUUUUAAAGCCCUGUUUAAUGAUCUUAGGAAAUAUGCUGAUAAUUUAAGAAACUGCUGUAAGCCAUAAACCAAAACAAUCAAAAUCAUAUGAAAAAGCCUUGAAAAAUUCAAUUUUGGAUUUCAUGAAUAUAAAACUGGUGAGAAGAUGGUAAGAAGGCUGGUGAGAAGCUUGUAAAGCAUGAAAAGACUGAAAUUAAUAUAAUGACAGAAGUCUACCUGAACCUCUGAGGGAAAACUUACCUUGUUAUAUGUGGUUUUUGAUGGAGUUAAGCGGCUACUCGAUCAUAAUUGGACAGAGAAUACUGGGUUGAAAUAAGUUUAGCCUUUCAGUGUGCUAUAAAUUGCUUCAGUAUUCAUAUUUUGUUCAUCCCUUGAGAGAGAAAUUACAAAUUCUCUGUCAUCUCUCAAGUUUCGACUCCCUCAAGUAUCACAUAUCUUUAUUGAGUUAUAUCUUAUUGGUAAAUGGAUUUGGAAAGUAUGUCAUAUAUUGGGGGUUGCAUAAGGACUGUGGCUCAUUCUCCUUUAGUUUUCAGGAGAAACUAUGCUUUAUAUAAAAAAAAAGAUUUAGAAAAACAGUCAAGGCCAGCUGAGAGGCGGAGAGGCCCAUCACCUCACUGGUUUCUUGUGACAUGCAAAGUCACUAGGCGAAAACAAAAGGCUGACAGAGGAUACAACAUAACAUGCAUGAUGGGAAACAUCAGUGGUUUUAAAAAUUGAUACAGCAUAGUAUUGUGAUAUUUUGUCUGGAGAUAUAUCGUAUCGUCUCAUUUACCAAGUAUCGAUUUUUCAAAUUAAUUGCUAGUAUGAAGUCAAAUCUAUGAUAAUGGAAAAAUAAAAUCAACUGUUUGUCCAGUGAGGUUUGCAGAGGUGAGAUCAUAGAGGAGAAGAAAGUUAGUACAACGAAUAAAUAUAUAAGGUUUGCAAGAUGUGCUGCAUGAAAAUAAAAUACAGCAUAAAUAAGACAAACAUAAAGGAAAGCGAAAUGAUAAAUUAGCUAAACAGCUGAAAAAAUUGUAUGAAUCACAAUAUAUUGUAUCGCAAUACUCACUGUAUUGCAUGAUGUUAAAAAAUUGCAAUAAUAUUGUAUCGUGGCCCAAGUAUCGUGACAAUAUCAUAUCCUGGGGCCACUAGUGAUUCCCACCCCUAUUUAAAACUAUUAAUUUUUCAAAUUGUGGUUUAUCUGUAAACCAUGGCUGUUUAGAGCCAUUGAUGACCAACCUUUAUUCAAAGGUUUCACUCAUUAUUAGUGUAAUUGGAAACUCGGCUGGGGUACUCUGAGUCACAGCUAAUUCGCAGUCUUUUUCCUAUCAGCCUCAAAUGAGAGUUGCUGCGCACAGUCAUAGUUUGACUGUUAUUUUACAAUAGACUCAUGGCAACUGUCAGGUGUUUCUAAGACUUUCUGCCUUGAUUCUUGUAAUACAUUUGUCAUCAGAAUUGUAUCCUAAAGAAUGAUUCUCCAUGAAUCAGGAGUGGGAGAGUGUAAGAUUGAGGCACAUAGAACUACAACUCAGGUGGGGCUGAGAAGUCUGCACUGCAGGCGGACCAGUUUAACACCCAGACUCUUCUACUGCAGAGCCAUCUUACUGUAACAUCUGUAAAAUGUAGUUUGGCAAAAAAUAAAUAAAUAAGUCAAAUUUUGAUUUGUCAGAGCAGAGAACGGUGUAUCUGGUUUUGUAUAGCACAGUUUUGCAUAGUAACCUGCACAGUGUCCCAGCUCUUGUGUCUUCAAGCCUCCCUCAUCUUCAAACACAAACCUUCACAAAUACUCUAUCCACUAUUAUCUUUUGACUGCAGUCCUUGAAAACUUCUUUUUUUUUCUCCACUGGAACGCGGUUAGAUCAAGUAACAAAUAGUUGAACUUCAAACUAUUCCUUUUUAAAAAUAUUUUUUCCACUUAAGUGUGUGAUCAUUAAAGCAUGGGAUGAUCCACUGCUGACCCUUGCUACCAAAACCUCUUGUGAGAUGAAUGAAACUGUACUUUCCCUUUGCAUGAAUCUUUUAAUCCCAUUGAUGUUUUUUGAAGCUGAAUAGAUAGUAGCAGAUAAAAACACCACGCACACAUUUUAUCAGGGUUUGCUGUAUUACUGUUGCCGAUUGAAACAUGCUGUAGGGCUUUGGAGGAGCAGCCUAAAUAAUUAAUGUAUGUAGUUUGUAUGCGGGCAAUAUAAAAUUAAACCAAUAAAACUUCCUUUUCACUGCAUCGGCACGACUGAACUGUUGUCCACGGAUUAUCAUCUGAACCUAUAGAUUUGUACACCCAAUAUCGCCCUCCGACAGAACCCCUUCAUAAUUGAAAUGGAGAUAGUCUUUGGUGUAGAUGUAGACUGCCCCUAGUUACUGAUAAUCUUAAUGUAAAGAACUAAUACAUGAUUGUCUGUGACUUGCUAUGGUGCGCCCUGCAGUGAUGGUACUCCAGCUUUUUCACCAUUGUGCACACAUUCAUAUUUAAAUAAGCCGUUACAAGUACUAACAAUACAGAAAACUUCAAGUAGAUAAAUUAUUUCAUCCUCUGAUCUUUAAGCACACUAAGAGCUACCUCACCGAAGAUCCUGCCUGAAACCAGGUCCAGAUUAUUCUAGUAACUUUACAAUCAGAAGUGUGCUGUUGUGCACAUUAGUAUUGAGAAAAGAAAUAGAAAAAAAACAACAACUUAAAAAUACACAGGUAGAAAUAAUGAAAGAAGUAGAAGGGGAACUUGUGUCUACUUUGUGUUCCUUGAAACAUCUUCAGCUUGAGACAUCUCUAGGGCGCCAUUUAUGCCCUCCCGUUUAAAGUUUUCUUUAAGCCUCAUUUUAAGUUCAGGCAGAACAUACAUAAUUUCCAAUACUGUUAAUUCCUUUUAUGAGUGGGAUUAGUAGUUUUCACUUAUUAUUAAAUUAAAAAGUAAACAAAAACUGUUCUUUAACCUUGACAUGUUUCACAGAGAAAGAUGUUUCACAGAGAAAGACUAGUUCUUUUCUGCCUCUUUGAAGGAAGUGUUCACUUGAUAUUGUUGCUAAAUACUUUCUCAUGGUGUGUUGAUUUUGAGCCUGUCAAAAUAAUACAACAAAUAGUAUGGCCCUGAUUUAGUUUUUGGUGACCUGAUACAGUAUUCGGUGAUCACAGAUGUUGCUCUAAAGAGAGAGUAUUCUCGUCUUCUCGUCUGCCUGGCCCCUAGAGGAAUUUUGAAUUACUUUUUCAAAUCCUUUGCUGCACUUUUUCUAUUAAAUUUUCACCUAAUGUUUACUGCUCUAAGCUGACACCCCUUAUUCCCCAAUGCAUGUAAAUCCUUCAGGAAACUAAUUUACACACAGAUUUGUUUUGCCUUGUAUUUCGCCUGAUAAUAAUGUGCCUCUUUUAUAACAUGCUUUUGGCCACAACAAAGAAAAAGUAGAAGAAUAAUUUUGUUUAUUUGUUUUCCAGCCAUUACAGAAAUGUACCUGGUCUAGCUGUUGUUUCCAAGCUAAACCCUGGGCAUCCGACAUAACUGAGGCAUUGGACUAAGUGAAGUGUAUUUAAGUGGACUUGCCUCCUCUAUCAACAGCAUUAAGAAACAGUGUAAACGGGGCUGUCCUUACUAUCCGUUUAAUAAAUAAUAUUAGUUUAUUCUGUCAAAUAAAAAAAGAAAAAGGGAAUAAAAGGAAACAAAGUGAAAAAAAAGCUUUUUUUUUGCGUACACGAUGUCAGACCUGUCGUGAGAUUUGGUCGUAGCGUACGCUCAUGUGCAGACUGAUAAAUGCUGAUCCUCACGUCAAAAUUUUCGUACGCAAGGUGAACGCAAGUUUUCUGCCGUACGCAAGCUUGAUAAAUAAGGACCAGUAUGUUUACAUGAAAUGAGGAAACUGAAUUAUUGCCUUACUCCGAUCGAGACCGGACAACUGAAGUGUAUGUAAAAACCUUAGUCCGACUCCAAUCGGAGUUCUCCAACUCCGAUUGGAGUUGGAGAACUCGGAUUAAGACACCCAGAUAAUGCGAUUGGAAUUCGAUUUUCUCUAUCAUGUAACCAGUGUAGUCGGAGUAUGAUAGGACAAUGUAUGCAUGUGUGCGCCGCGCCCCCCCUUAACCCCGGAACAAAAACACCAGAGAAGAGGAGUAGGGUGUACCACAUCUGCAGAAAAAGUAGCGCGUACAUCAUGUACGACAGAAACAAAACUGUAUGAUGCUCCAUCUUCUUGCUUGAAAAUGCCCAGAAGCAGUUGUAGCCACUUCUGACAUGUGGCACGGACCUGCUGUUGUUGUUGGUUCAACCGGAAACAGCGCCACUGAAAAGACCAAUAUCGCCCCCUAGAUUUGGGGAGGAGGACAUUUUCACAUCAAUAAUUUGAUUUUUUUCAGCUGCAUGCGGGCAAGAAGAGAAGUCUGAUUUGGUGAAAAACAAGUUUUGAGCUUAGUCCGAUUAAGCUGUGCAUGUAAACGCACUGAGUGUUAUCAUUAGCUUUACAUGAAAUGAGGAAACUGAAUUAUUGCCUUACAGAGCUACACAGCUGCACAGAGCGUGAACAUUGUGGCUUUCAACAAACACUGUGGCAAUAGUCACACUUUUUUAUUUCCCUCUGGGAGACCCUCAAAAACAACAACAUGCAUCUGAGAUACUGCUGUGGCUUGUACUCCUGGUUUUAGGGUAUCACUUAAAAGUGCUGUUUCUUCUUUUUGUGUCUUUAUUACAUUUCUCCUUCUAUUUUUACUGGCCCUGGCAAUUUUCGCUUGUCUCUGUUAUCUUUCCUCAUCCGUCUUCCUCACAUAUUUUUCAUUUACUUUUCUCCUUUCCUCCAUCCCUCUAUCCCUUGCCAUUAUUGCAGGGAGCGGUACAGUGACCAUGUGCUCCCUUAGUGCCCACGUACACUCCCCAUUGUUCUUACAGUAAGGCUGGCCCUUUGCCUCCUGUGUGUCCAGCCCUAGUUUUUAUUGGAAUGCCUUUAUAACGAAAUCAAAUCGCGCAGAUGCCCCAUAAACCCAAUUGGCGCUUCCUGCUUCCCCAGAGAAAUGAUAUCUGCAAGGACAGGAAAAAGAAAAAUAGAGGAGGAAGAAGAGGUGAGUGGAGGUCAAAGUGAGUAAAUAAACAUGGUUAGCCUCUGCAUUCUGCUUCCACACUGUGACUGAAAAGAAUAAAAAGCAACCUUUUGGUGAUGCUUCAUAUUACUUGGAUAUUCACUAAUAUCUUCAAUGCAGAUUUUUUUUUACAAAUUCGUUUCGUCUGGAACUGAUAUAAUAAAUCAACUCAGUAAAAAAUCUGCAAGUUUUACCUGAUAUUCAUAUUAUAAUAGUUUGCUGCAUGUUUACAACACUUCUACACAAUUGACAUGUUGACGCUUAAUGCUGGCUUUCAUGGUCAUGUGCGCAUGAUUAUUACUAGUCAAGCUUUUUAUUGCGCAGAUAAUAUUGUGCAUCCCUGCAAAUGACAGUCUUUUGAGGUGUGAAUGCAAUUUAACCACAUCAAAUAGUGCAUUAUUAAGAUUAGGGUUGCAACAACAAAGUAUUGCUAACAUAUUUCUUUAACAAUUAAUUGUAUCAUGCAACUAUGUCAACAUUUCCAGCUUUACAGAUCUUUUCAUAUCACAUUUUUCUUGGCAGAGGUGGUGUAGGGCAACACAAUAUGAAACAUUCAAAAAAGUUUACAUAACUUGACUGUGAGUUCUCAAAAGAGUUUCUCUUAAGUUUGUCACAAACUCACUUGGCGAUGUUUCGCUCUUGGUCUCUCUUACCCUCUCUGCUCCACUCUGCCUCUUUGUUGAACCUCUUCCUCUGUCCAUCUGUCAAUCUUACACUCGGAGUACAAGCUUUUACCUGAUUGGAUUAAACACACCACGGUGCUCAGUUAUUCUAGGCGCAUCAAUUCUGCUUUCAAAAUAAAAGCUCAAGUGUGCUUCCCAUGGCAAAUCCAGCCCUGACCUCACCAAAGCUCAUGUGAAAGAAUAGAAAUAGGGACUUGACCGUGAUUCUCCAGACAGUUUCCUGCUAGUGGAAGUAUACUAACUUUAUCAGGCUAGAAAAAAGAAACAUUUUUUCCCUGUUUUUUUUUUUUCUUUUCUUUUUUUUUCUGCUGGUUUCUUUGAGUCCUAAGUUAGUGUGGGUCUGGAUUGAUUAACUGUUACCUCUUGGGAUGAGACAAGAUCUUGUGCAUCAAGAUUACACAAUACUUGUUGCGUGACAAGAUAAGCUGUCUCGGGAGAUCAAUACCGAACAUAGGAGCUGUUUCAUGAAACAUUCAUGUAUUUCAUUAUUGAAGUUUUCUUAAAAUAACCACAAAUCGAACAUCUCCUUGUCUGGUGAGCGAAGUGUACUAUCACAUCCCUGUAAGUCUAUCCCAGCAAGAACUCAAUAUAGCCAUCUGGACCCAUAGCAUGCCUUAAUUUUUCCUGUAGUGCAGAUAAGAAAGCUUUAAAGAUGAGUCUCCAACCUCCAGCGUACUGGCAUUUAAACCGUCUGUAAAAGUUUUAAAGUUGACUUGAUUAAACCUGCAGACACCCCAAAACAACAUACACAAAAGCUUCAGACAGGCACCUUAAGGAUAGGGAAUGACAGAAGAUUUAAAAUGUCACUGCCUGCAAGGUUUAGAGAGAAGCUGUAAUCUGUAAGCUGAACAGAGAGGCGGACGUAUCUUUAGAUAUUCUUUAAGCAUCACAUGGCGAGGCACAACAGCAGGCAGAAAUGAAGGGAAGAUAUAAACUUCAACAAAACCAGCAGAGGAUGACAGAGAGAGGGGCAUGUGAACAAAAGGGAGGGGGAAUGCAUUUAUUUUGAAUAAUUCUUAUUAGGUAGAUAAGCUGACAAAUCCCCUUCACCUCCACUGACAAGUCACGGUGUUUCUGGAAAUCACAGAUGAUGGGCUGACAAAUGUGGAGCUCGAACUAUGAAGGUACAUUUGCUUGAUGAAGGGAAAUAACACCUAUGCCAUCACACUGAUCGUGUUUGUGAGUCAGUGCGUUAACAUCUUUCCAUUAGUCACUGGAUUUCACUAACUGCUUCUGAUGUUUACAGUGCGUGUGGUCUGCUGGCAGAUAAAGGAAUUGAAGCAGAAGUCAUGUCUGUGUUUCCAAUUUUGAUCAUUCUGUAUUUCUGCUCACUUGUCAGUCUCCACCAAUGCUGUCUGUCAUCUUUAUGUCCUAAUCUUUCUACUCCAUUUACCUUCUGCUUCAGCUUCUGCUUAUCCUGUUUACUGCCAUCAGUUAUUUUUCCCUCUACCAGUAUACAGUGUUUCUCUUCUCUUCUUCUUUUUUAACCUUUCAGUCACUUUUAUUUUAUAAUUUCCGUCUGACCCCACUCCAAAAAGGUCUUUUAAUGAAGAUGGUACAAAAACAGUCAACUUCUUGGUAAUGUUACUCAUCCUUUUCUCCUCACUCGUUCUGUCUUCAUGAUAUGUGUGUGUGUGUGCGCACAUUUUAAUUAUUUUUGCUUCAACCGAACCCAAAAGUCUUCAAGUCAUCAUAAGGCCACUGUGAUUAGCAGAAAGUGACUUGCAAGAUAUUGUUGGUUUUCACAAAAGACUUCUUUGUGUGUGGGUGUAUGUGUGUGUGCGUGUGCGUUUUUGUAUGUGUGUGACCAAGGCAGAGGGACUGAGUGGGAAAGGGAUGAGUCUUUGUUCCUUGUUAUAUGAAGCCAAUUUCCAGUAAUCCUCCUUUCAAUGGAAGUGUUGGAAGAAGGUGUAUAGGAGCCUGAUGGCCAAAGCUGAGGCCCUUUCACUGACAAAAGGCUCGUGUUUAGAGCGUUCAGACUGCGGGUUGUGGACUGAACUAAACACUGUCAGCUUUUCAUGAGGGCUGAUUGUAAAUCAAACCCAGCUCUCCCCCAUGCUGUGUACAAGGCACCUCAAGGGGGGGAGUCACUGUAAUGCUACUGUACAGCAAAGUUACCUGUACAGCAAAUGAGGAGUUCUUCUCAUGUGAUGUCGCAGCUUUAUUUUUACAAACAUCCCCUGUUGUUUGUGGAGGUUUGAAAUAAUGUCUUCAUUUGUGUGGAGAGUGCCGCCACUGAGGACACCUGAACCAGUAGGCUCAGCAGUCUUUGUGUCAAACUUCACAGGUGGCUCUUAAAGAAAAGGACUAAAAGACAAAUCAUUGUAUUUCCUCAAUGAUAAAUGUCUUUUAAUACAGGCGGUGAAAGUUGUUACAGCAACAGCAAAGUCUCUGCAAAGUGCUGAACACGCAGUUUAAACUGUUUUAAUUCAAAACAACCUGGGAUUCCAAGAAGCGAACUGACCAAAUGAGUCUUUUUUUUUCCUGAUACCGUUUAGGAGAUCCUUUUAUUUUUUUUCACUGCUUAAAAAUACCCCAGAAAAAAUUGUCAUUUUAUGCUAAUGGAAGACAAACUCUUGCUGCCCUUUUUAAAUGGUAAUCAGGCUUAAACUCAAAGGGUAAAAAGUAAGUACCCGUCCCAGAUAAGAACUUGUUCGGAACAGUUUGAGCCAUCUUUGCUUAACAAUUGCAUGCGGAUGGCUGCCCAUUAGGCCCCGUCCACAUAUAAAAGAAUUCAGAAGGAAACACAAAAGUUAUUUUGUCAUAUCAGUGUUUCAUCCAUACGAAAACAGCGUUUCAGGUGACUGUAUACAAUACUUUAUAAAACCGGGUCCCAGAGUACAUGAAUCUGUGUUUCACCUUUGUGUAGAUGCUUCUUUCGAUGCGUCUCUCCAAUAACUGUUCAACAGUCUGUGAAGGAAACACCAGUGGGUGAAGACUUGAACUGUAUACAGUACAGAACGUUUAAUACCAACGUUAUAAUAGUUUGGGAUUUUUCAUUAUAGUUUAGUUCUAUUUUGUUUGGACCUUUUUUUUUUUAUUUAGUUGGUUUUAACUUUUUUUUUUUUUCGAUUUUAUUAGUUUUCAUUUUUUUCUAAAUGAUUAGUUUUAGUUUUUAUUAGUUUGUAGUAUUAGUUUUAGUUUUUCAUACUUUGCAAGACAGGAGGUGGAUCCUUGUUCUGGUGUGGACUAAUCAGAAGCUGUUUCUGUGAUCAACUGACCCAUAAAAAUUUCAUCAGAAGCCACAGACACACACACAAAAAAAAAAAAUUCCACACAGGAAGUCCACAGGAAUUGAUAAGGGAACCACCAAAGAAUCGGAUCAGUAAGAAGAAUUGUUAAUAGGAUUAAAUAGGUAUCAAUAAAACCCCACCAGUUCCCUAACACUGACAGAAGAAAUAAGAAAUACAACUCUGGCAUGUAGGAAAAUCCCACAGUUUGCAGAGUAUGCAGAGGUGAAGUUGGAUACUCUGGCAACAAGACCAAUCUUCCCACUCACCCAUGAAGGUGGUAUGGUACUAGCAUCAAACGCCAAGCCCACACCAACAGCAGGCUAGUAAGAGUCUCAGGCACCACCAACAUUUGUACUCAUAAGUUCAACAUUUAUAUCAAAACUUAAAAGACACCAGGCCAACCAUACUCCUCAAAACAAUACAUGGACUCUUUUCAUACACUUUGAAAUGUUGAGUGAAAAAGUCUCAGCGCGUCGCUUUCUCGUCGUUGAAUCACAUUGCAUUGUAUCUGUCAAAAUAAACCUCCCACUUCUUCCUUGUAUCUAAUUGCCAGUCACAUGUCAAGGCGUAUGUAAUGUGGUGGUUGAAAUGUAUCAUGCUAAGUGAAAGAGUAACAAACUACCCUGCUGUCUGUUUGCUAAAUUUAAUUUUCAUUCUUUGAGGGACAGAAUGAUGCCCCAGAUUUUCUAUUUAGCUGAUUUUUGAGCUAAAUAAGUAUAAUCAAGCCAACUGGCUUAGGGGCUGGUUGUUUGUUUGACAGUGUUUGGGGCUGACUCACUGGCUGGCAGAGUGUGACUGUUUGAUCAAAUAACUGACUGGCCAAUACACUAACCAUCAUCUGUCAUAUUCUCAAUAAACUCUAACUGUGUGGCAAUCGGAGCAUGAGUCAGUCUGCCUUCCUCUUCCUCUCUCUUACUUUCUGUCCUCCUCGCUUUGCUCAUAUCCUUCCUCCAAAUUAGUUUCCUUUUUUAGUUCCUUUCUCUUCCACAGGUUGAAUAUCAUCACAUUUCUUUUACCUGGCUUGUGUGUCUUCUUAUAUGUGUCUUAUACACAAACACAAGCACACACGCUUAAACUCAUACAGACACACACACACACACCUUAAACGUGAUUCAUUUUAGUGCCCCCUGUGCUCAGUGGGGUAGAAAAUAAAUGUUUUAAUGGUCCUAGGCUGUUUGGAGUGCUUAUGUAUGGUGCAUGUUUGAGUGUGAGUCAGGUAAAGUGGGGAGUCAUCACGCUGAUGUGUGGGAGUCACUUGAAGGUCUAACAUAAGGUAUUUAAAUAGCUCUGCACAUAAACUGCACCUUAGGCGAGUUUUUAACUACUUUGUACUUUACAGGCAUUAUUUUGUCAAAAUACAGUCCUGAACAUGAGGAAAACAGUAGGUGUAUUUCCCUCAACUGAGAUGGACUUUGAUUCAAGACAAACUCACUUUUAUUUCCAUUAAGUAGCUUGCUCACUAAUCACCUAAAUAAGCUGUUGGCAGUUGCUCUUUAGCCAUAUUAUGUUCCAAGGGAGUUCAGUCAUAUCAUAGCAAUACUUGUAUACAUCCCACCCAAGGCAACGGCUGAAGUUCCAUGUGAUGUUCUCCAUGAAACAAUCGCUAAAAUACAGAUUCAAACUGGUGACAAACUGGUGAAAAAAGCUGGCUUUGUGGUUGGAAUCAAGUUGGACUCACUGGAGGAUGUGCUAGAGAGAUGUACACUGAGGAAGGUAGAGAUCAUUCAAAAAACAUGGAUCAUCCGCUUCAUAACACUUUGAUGGACAAAACGAAAAAAACAAAUAAUUGUGGUGGACGGCUUCUCUCUCAUCACUGCAGAAGAGGCAGAUUCAGAGGAUUUUUUGUACCAACAGCCAUCAGACUCCUUAACUCUAAUAUAAAUAAUAGAUGAAAUGAGAUUCCAGACAAACCAAUUUCCCUUUCGGGAUUAAUAAAGGUCUCGCCUUUUAUUGUAUUGUAUUACACUGGAUACUUGAUUCUGAUUGGUCAAAACCCCUUGACAACAGUUAUUGACUUUGUACAGAAGAGACAACCAGAUAACACAUAUCAAAUGAGUCCACAGUAAAAAGUUCUGACACAUUUAACUUUUACCACCAGCUUUAGUAUCUCUGUCUGACCUUAUGAGAGUGAAGCCAGGUUGAUCCACAUUAGUAUUAUUAUUAUGUCAAGCUGUUUUCAUACGACCUGAAUGCAGUCUAUCAUUAUGAACUCUUACCACUAUUUCUCUCUUUUGUGGCAGUGGCGAGCUUUACCCGGCUUAUCCUUAUUUAUCAAUGUGCAUCUUUCUUCAAUAGGACUAUAUAUGCAUAACUGAGCAUUUUAAUAACUCACUGACAAAAUGACAAAUUCACCAAAUGGAUGCUUUGAGUGCAGAGUUAUUCCUGAGAGCACCAGUCAAACUGACGAGGGACAACCAGGAAUUUAGAAAUCAGGCAGAGGUGGUCAUCAUGUAGCUUUAUAUGCAGGACAAACUCUUGGGCUAUUUUAAGAUCCCUCACUGGUAGCUUUUAAAGAUGCAUAUUGAGAUCACUGUUAUAGUCCCUUUAGAACUGACCUGGUUGAUGUUUUCUUCCCCUUUACUGACCUUCAUGCUUUUCUUCACAGGUAUUGUUUCAGUUAUUUCUCAGUUUUGUUGUCUGUCAGCGUUUGUGGGUGCAGAACAUGAGGAAGGCAGUGCAUCAUUACUGCCAGUAUGAUUGGCAUCCAGGACUGACAGAUCUCCUUUUGGGGCUGAAUGCACACAAGCAAACACCGGCUAGAUAAAUUAGAGACAGAAAAGAAACGUCCUCCUGUGGGUGUUCACACUAAUAUGUAUGUGUUUGUGUGUUUCACUCACUCCUUUGUGCUGUGUUGUAAAUCUCCUUCAUUAUAUAUGGCCCAUUAGUGUAGAGUGCAUUGUCUUAAGUUAACAAGCAAAACAGCGGAAAGACACCACAACACUUUUUUUUUUUUUUUUUGCUUUCUGUCUCACCUACUUCUUUAUCUACUCCUUCUUUGUUGUUUGUCUUUCUUGAUCUGGUCUGUAAGCUGUUUACAGAAGAGUCUACAACUCUGUGUAUCUACAGCCAAGCCACUGACCUCAUAUACUGUACGUGUGUGUGUGUGUCUGUGUAAGAGAGAGAGAGUGAGAGAAUGAGUAGGAUAGAAAAAGAGAUUGUGUGUGUGAUUAACAGCAGGAGUGGUGCGUAGUGCUUAAUUAUUUAGCUACUCUCUACUUGAGCCAAUGCCGGGCUUCUUCGUGAAGGCUGGAGAGGCAGAGACGGAGAGUUACAGUGCAUGGACUGCAAAGGGUGCUUAUGCAUUGUGAAGACUUUUAUUUUUGAACUACAGCUCCUCCUCGUUACAGCGCUGCAUAAAAGCCCCCUCUGCCCAGACGAGACCAGCAUAAAUAUGCAUGACUGCAGUUGAGACCCAGAACUAUGAAAUAUGCUGAAGGUUCAAGGUUUAAGGUAGCUUUAGUGUCAAUUCUGCAAUAUGUGUAACACAUACAGAGGAUUGAAAUUCGGUUUUCCAAAGGCCCACGUUGCUACAGUGAACAUUAAGUAUGAAAUAGUAAACAUUCAGUGUAAAAAUAAAUAAUAUAAGAAUAUAAGUCAAAUGUAAAAAUAUUGGAGUCCAGAGUUUGUGUGUAGAGGAGGCAGAGCAGGCAAAGAGUUCAGCUUCCUGACAGCCUGGUGAAUGACACUGCCCCUUAUUUGGCUAGUCCUGACCUGCAAACUCUGCAGUCUCCUCCCUGAUGGCAGCAAACUGAAGAGGCUGUGAGAUGGGUGGGUGGCAUCCCCUGCAUUACAAAGGGUUUUGUAGGUGAGGCAGGUGUGGUAAUAGUCCUGCAGGCAGGGUAGAGAAGUUCCUAUGAUCUUCUCAGCUGCCCUCACUGUGCGAUGGAGGGUCUUGAGGCAGCGUGUGGUGUAGGCCCCGUACCACACAGUGAUGCAGCUGGUCUGGAUGCUCUCUAUGGUUUCUUUGUAGAACAAGCACAUGAUGGGGGUCGGGACUCAGCUUGUCGGGGGUGUAGAGACGCUGGUGAACUUUCUUGGCCAGUGAUGAGAUGUUGUUGGAAUUUAGUGCUGCUCACCUUCUCCCUUGCAUCAGGAUGAGAGUGAGCAGCGCUACCAGAUAGUAGUCAUUGAAGCAGGAGGGAGAUGACUUCUGUGGGACUGGGAUGAUGGCGGUGGCUUUGAAGCACGUGGGGACGACAGCCUGACUUAGUGAGGUGUUGAAGUUGUCUGUGACACAUCUGUGAGUUCAGCUGCACAGUCUCUCAGUUCAUGACCUGGUAUAUUGUCUGGGCCUGGGGCUUUGCAUGCAUUGAUCCUGCUGAGGGAUCUCCUCAUGCAGUCCAGGGUCAACGUCAGCACUUGGUGAGUUGUGUUUAGCCUCUUUGUUAAAGAAAUCAGGGCAAAGCUAAAAAGAUGUUUGGUGGCUAGUGCUAUGGCUGGGACCCUAUAUGUACUGUUGAUGAAGUUAGGUGCUGUUCUGAGCAUUAUUUGUGGCUAUAGAGUGGCUUUUUGGUUGAGGUGUGCGCGUGUAGCCAUAAACCGCUGUGUAUUGCUAUUAUGCGGUUGUUACUAAAGUUGGUAUAACUAGAGAAGCAAGCGGUCGGCAACAUUUGUCUCUUUACGGGGUGUCUAACUCGGUGUUACGGUGUAUUUGACCCUAACUUAAUUUUACACCAGAAUAUUGCUUUGAAGCGAGCGAUGAAGUGGUUAUGCUCAUUCAGCAGAGAGGUGGCGCUGUCUCAGGUCCGGGGUGAGGAUUUGUAGUCCGUAUUGGUCUGUAUCCCUCACCAAAGACUCCUAGUAUCUCUGCUGUUGCUAAGGUGGUGGGCAAUCUUGCUGGAGUACUGCCUCUCUGAUGCUGCAGCUUAGAAGAAAAAGUUAGCGUACAAAGCUGAGUCAGUAGGCUAGACAUUUUAAUAAUACAUUUAGGAGUAAACAAUAAAGUUGGCAGAGCUUUGUGGAAACUUUUUUUAUGUUUAUUAAAGCUUUUUGUCAUUUAGGAGAAAAAGUAGAAGAAAGAGCAGCUGCUAAAAUCUGAAAGAACAUCAUGUAGCAGUAAUGUGAUUUGACGCUGGGAGUGAUUAAUUUGUCAGCAGCUAAUAUACUCUGUGUUCGCUGAAUAUCUUUCCAUUCAUUCGGUUUCAAACGUACUAUUGUUGGUUCUUUUGUAUUCUUGUCGCACAAUUGGGUUGUCAGAGAGCUAGGCUUAAACAAGAGAAGAUGUUAAAAAUGCAGAGAUGGUUGACACUUCUGCACGACCAACCCUCUGCACAGAUUUAGCUCUGUAUGCAGAAAAAAAAAAAAAAAGAAAUGGUGUUAAUUGCAAUAAGCUUCCCUCACGGCACAUUUUGAUCAGCUGAAUUUGGAAAACAGCAUAUGUUUCAUCAGAACUCUCAGUAUUUCAUCACUCAUCAGUUCAGAGCUCAAGUUUGGCAAACAUGGCGCUGUUAGAAACCAGACGGCGUCCUGCUGAGAACUUCACUCUGAAGGCAAUCCUAAAGUAGAAUUAAAGCCAAACACACACCCACAUGCACGCACACACACACACACACACACACACACAGACAAACAUAUACACACAUACGCUCUAUCAGAACCGUACCCCAUAGUGUGAUUUUGCCUUUAUAGGCAUUUCAGCUUUGGAAACCUUGCGAAAUCACUGGCUGGUGUGUUUGAGUACACAUGCUCGCAGAGUGUUGUUUGCCUUUAGAGGUGUGUUUCGAUGCCGACUCUGCUGUGACCUUUACGCUAAGUCGUGCUGGAUUUAAUCAACAGCAGGCUCCCUUCAAUUCACACGCAUAUACACAUAAGAACUCUGGCUUUUCUGUGCGCACACACUCACACCUAGACUGCCAAGUCAGGCCUCCGCUCCUUCUCCGUGAAUAAUGGUUCAGUUUGCUGUAUUCCAGAUUCUUUGUUUGCGCUCCAUUAUUCAAAGAAAGGCCAGGAGUCAAACCUAUUAAAAUAUAGAUUUAGUAACUGGCAUACAACAACACCUUGGUGUGUUCCGGCCUCAGACUUACAAAGCAGCCAGAAUGUUCAGUAUGCUCUGAGCAAGUGAAAGAGAUGCUUGAAUAUAGAAUCCAAAGAAACAUUGAUUUUCAGGGAGGGAAAGUCAGGAAUUGGAUUUAUUCUGUCGGGAAGCUGGGUGAUAUCAGGGGAUAAAACAAAAGCGGUUAUUUUGAAGGAGUGUGCCGCUGCACUGAUGUCACUGCGGCUUCCUUACUGUCACUUUGCUAUAAGUGGCUCAAAUCCCAUGGCAGCUGCAGCGGUGAAAGCUCCAUAACAUACAGUCACACAUUCGGAACUACACAGGAAAAGAACACAAAUAACACAAAAUCAACUAUUUUUAAGCUUUCUAAUUUAUAAUUACUGAUGCAACUUUUUCUAAUAUUCUGAGGUGAAUCAAUUAACCGUCUUGAGUACUUUUUAAGAAAAAAAUAUAUUUAAUGCAUCAAAUAAAUAUAGACUAAUCAUUCUUUACACUAUGGUUACUGACAGCUAGGGCUGGGCGAUAAACGAUAACAAUAUGUAUUGAAAAUUAAUUUGCCUCAAUUUUAAUAUAAAACAUGGUCAAUAUGCUUUUCGAUUGUCUGGGUUCUGUCAUGUUAUGGUAGACUAUACGAAGAGCCAAUGAAAAGGGUAGUUGCUUCAGGUCCGCUUCGCGCUGAACCAAUCAUGUUCUGAAUUAGAACCAAGUAGCAAACAACUGCGUAGUAGCAGGCUGCAGCUACACACAACAAUAGCACUUUAACAGGUGAAGCUGACAGAACUGUUGGUGAGAAAAAAAGGGAAAUUGAGUGCUACCCCCGGCAGAAAUGCAAAUGAAGGCUCAACAGAUGAUGGCAUUGUCGACAACACUGGCACAAAACGUCAGUGGUGUGGAGGUAUUUUAGUUUUUUGAGGUCAGACAUGAAGCAGAGUAAUGUGCACCACAAAUUAUGUCGAGUACAUGUUCUCGCAAAGUCUGGGAAUACCUCAAAUUUUUUUCACCACCUGAAGCAGUGCCACGCCGCAGAGCACGCACAAUGCAAAAGGUCACAAACCCUGAGCAGAGCAAGGAGCCCACGGUGCUUGUGCAGCCAAAACAGCCGACCAUUCAGUCCACUUUCUCUAGCGCAAAGCCUUACUACAAAAUGUUAAAGAGACACAAAGACCUCACAGAUGUAGUAGUUUAUUGUAUUGCAAGACAUGCUACCAAUUAAGCACUGUUAAGUUUCAUUUUUUGUAUUGUGAUAUAUAUCAUUAUCGACUGAUAUGAAAAAGAUAAACUUUUUCCCAUAUCGCCCAGCCCUACUGACAGCCUAAACAUGGAUUAUUGUUAUAUCAUAGUGAUGGUUGGGAUACUAUACUUUUUAGUUGAUGUGCAGAGAACAGGGAAAUAAACAGCUGUAAGAAUGAGUGUGAUUUUGACAAGGACCACAUUGUGGCAGCAAUUCAACUGGGUCAGAGCACCUCAAAAAUGGCAGCUCUCACAGGGUGUUCCUGGUCUACUGGUCAUGGGCUACCAAGCAAAGGCUGGGCUGUGUGAUCUCCUGAAGCUCAUACUAGUGGAAAAGUUUAUGCUGGUCAGAACACAGAGUCUUGUACAAUGUGAUGUGUAUGGGGCUGUAUAACCUCAGAGCAGUGAGGCUGCCCAGAAUAUGACCUCCCUGAAAGUGCCAACGACAGUCCUGUGGGCAUCUGGAGCAAUGAAGGGUAAUAUGACAACCAGUUGUAGGUGGCCACCAAGUCCCUCUUUCCAAACUCUCAGUCCAGUGGAAAAUCUGAGGGGUGUCCCAGAGUCUGUGUCUCAUCAGGUUGGAGCUUUUUGGCCCUGUCCUGAUGAGAGGGGGGGGGGUCUACCUAAUAUUAGUAUGGUGGUUAAAAGUUAAGGUUGAUAGGUUUUAAUAAAAUACUAUAUAAUUUAUAAGGUAAUUGGCAUGUAAAAAGGUACUUAUCUGCUGCACAGAUAUAUUUUAACAUUCAAAGGAUUAAACGUGAUGAUUUUUUCAGUUACGCGGCUCAUAAUUGUGUUUAACUCUGUAGAUCCUCAAGGUUCAUGUCAUCCUCUCUGCCUCUAUCCUUUUCUGUGUGUUCAGAAUCUGCUGUCGGAGAAGGUUGACCAGAUGAUGGAGUGGUCCUCUCGCCGUUCAGUCGUCCGGAUGAACGGGGACAAGUUCCGUCGCUUUGUCAAGGCCCCACCCAGGAACUACUCUGUCAUCGUCAUGUUCACCGCCCUGCAGCCUCAGAGGCAGUGCUCUGUAUGCAGGUAUGCACACACACGGACACACACACAAAACUCGAGCAUCUUGUUGUAGGCCAGAACUUGAUAUAGCUUUAUGUCUGUCCUUUUCUCUGUUCUGAGUUUACUCUGAAGGAGUCAGGUAGCUCUGAAAUCUCUCACAAGCUAAAGUAGGAACAAACAAGCCCUUAAACUUCUUAAAUUUAUGAAUGUAUAAUGCUCCAGACACAGGUGUAUAAAUCUUUGGAAACAAGGUGUAAAAGACUCUGGCUAUCUUUGCUAUCAUAGUGAAACAAAUAAAUGGUACAGAACAAGACUAACAUGACUAACCUAUACAAACGUGUGAAGUAGGGAUGGGUGGUUAACUGUCAUUGGAGUUACAUUCUACUGUAGAAACCAUGGAAACUAUUUAGAAACUUAUCUUGAGGGCUUUAUAAUAUAUAAUAACCCUGACGGCCCAGUUAUUUCAGCACCUUGGACAGCUCUCAGUCAACGGUCUGGAGCUACUCAAGACUUGUCAGUGCAGUCUCUGGAACAAUGUUUUAAUAUAUCUAUAUACUGUGUAUAAAUAGUAGCUAUAUACAGUAUUGACAGGUGACAUGACAUAUAAAAAAAAAAUAAAAAUCCACAAUUUAGCAAUUGGUAAACUGUUUAUUGAAUGGUAAAAUCCAGAUCUGUACCAAAGAAUUUCAGCUAUUCUGAAGCCCUCACCCAUCCAAACAACCACAGUAAAUCUAUUAUUUUUUUAACCUCAUGUCUAUGUACUGAGUGUCCUAGAACUCUGUAUUCACAAAACAACUUUUGAUGAUGGGACGAGCCUCAUAUGUGAAUUCCACACAACAAAUACCAAAAGGGAGCCUUCUUUUAUUUAUUAAUUUUUUUUGUGGGUGUUUUUUAGGGCAGAUUUGUUUUUUCAUGGCUUCAUCUUUUAUUUUCCAUUAAACUUCCACAUUUAUGAUUUUGUAACAUCUUUUGUGACUCCUCUAAUGAUGUUUCAGCUGCUUCACAUCUCCAUCCCUACUCUCUUGUUAAAUUUGCUUAUCCCAUCUGUUCAUAUCAAAAAGAAGACUCAUGGGGAAAUAUCAGCAUUUUGGUGUCGUUUCAGCCUGAUGAGCCAUGAAACUUUCAUUUUCAUGGGCUAUACUUUCUGCUGGCUUGUCUUGAAGAAUUCAUGACUGCUUUGUCUGUGUUGUAUAAUUUAGGAAGUUGACCAAUGUCUUGAUGCCUCGGGGGCAAUUUACUGCUUAAUGAAAUAAACAUAGACCCUCUCCAUCUUGACCCUGGUACUUUAAUUCUGUAAUUAGCCACUCUUCUACUUCAGCUGUCACUUGACAAGAUAACUUAUUUAUCCCUCAUGGCAGCACCCUCAACACCCACAAUCUCUAUCACUGUCUCUCUGUUUCUCCUCCUACCCUUUAGCUCUUUCUUUUGUCUUUUUGUUUCACACAAGAAACAGAUUAUCUCCAAAUGUCUUACAAAUCUUGGAGUCAAAUCAUAAAUCCUCGAUUAGUUUUACACAGGGACCUCUAAUAAGUUGUAAUGUACAGCAUAUGGGUAGCCUGAGUUUUUAAACCCAUGCAACCUGACCAGGUUUGUAAUUCAUAAAGUAAUAUUUGGAACAAGUUGCCUGCCAGAUUUCAGGGCCUACAGGGGUCCUCUGAUAAUACUACUCCAGUCUAAAUUGGUAUUUCAGUUCAAUUUGUGGCAGCAGGUUUUCAAGAAGGUCUCCUUAGCUUUUCUGGUCAAAAAUGAGGGGGGUUGCGUUGGACCCUUGACAAAGGGUGGAUUCUUUAUUUUACUCCUUUAAUUGUGUAUGGAUUAACGAAACACUAUAUCCCUGCUGCUCUUGUGGUCCUUUAUACUUGGCAACCAUUUAAUCAGCUGCGCACACACUUGCAAAUCAGUGUCUCUGACUACUGGCUGUUGAGGGGGAAGGGGUUAACAGUGUUAUUGCCUUGUAGCUUACAGUUGUACAGGAUUUAAAAAAGCUCAAAAAUCCUCUCAUCCUGCACUCACACCGGUACCACCUCACAAGCAGUGAGUAAACUAUUUCUUUUUAGGUGUCAUAUGCAUUCAUUAAGGUCUCUCUGUUUUAAUUUACUUGUGUUCCCUGAUUUUAAUUCCCUUUCUUGCUUGCCUGUCGGUUUCAUCUCAUUUUGUUUAUGUGUGUGUUUCUCUCUCUCUCUCUUUUCAUUUCCCCUGACAUUCUCUUCAUUAACAUAAGCGAUAGCAUCACAUCAUUAGAGAGCGACACCGAGAGUUUAAGUGAGAGAUGGAUGUUAGAUGGUGACCUCAGCCUCUGUGUUGAGCUAUCAGGCUGUGGAAAGAUGGCUGAUAACCAGGGUCCUUCCACGUCACUCAGAAGCUUUGUCACUGUUGCAUAACAAAUAGUACUAACAGGGUUUUUGAACUUUUGCUUUUUUCCAGAAUACCCAGAGGUAAGACUUUUUUAUAUGAGACCAGAAACCAGAGCUAUAUUUCUUCUGGUACUGUGCUGUGUGUCAGUCCUUUGCAGUUGUGCAGAGAAUCUCAUAAAAAAGAUCCAGAUGAUGAGAUAAUGUGCUGUCUCUCGUCUCUGUACUCGGUCUGCUAGAAACACAAAUGUAACAUAGGCAUCUGUAGGAAAAGCAAAAGGACUAAAUAGAGUGCUGGUAUCUGCAAACUGGUAAAUGAGAACAGUAGGCGGCGUUGCAGCUGUGCAGGUCCCGCUGGUGUGAUUAAGAGCGGAGAGACCUGCGGUGAGCAGGAUGAGGCACAGCUGCUUUCAAACAGAGUCCAGGUCCUCCCUGCACGUUUGUGCAGAGGGGAAGAUUAGAUCAGAUUAGAUUGAAAAACAACUGCUCUUUUUCUUUCCCUUAUAACACAUUUUGGUUAAAAACACAACAGUAAAUUAACAGUUUUUCCAUACUUUCUGUACUCUCUCUCAACCACCAGACAUAGAAAUGACAGGCAUCAUGUCACUUUUUAUGGACAAGGUAUCAAAUAGUGUUAGAAAGUUUGAAAGUCUUAAUUCAUACAGUAUUAAUUCAAUUACAGAGCCUGUCCUUGAUGGCCUCAGGCCUAAAAAAAAUAGAAAAGGUACUAGGAUAACAAAACCCAAAUAAUGCUGCAGGUUUACCCCUUAACUUAAGGCAAUGAAACAGACUGUUAUGCUGAACUUAAAGAUACAGUCUGAACUUUUGUUAUUCUGUAAUCUCAGCAUGUUUCCAAAACACAGCAGUGUCUUUUUAAUGUGACUUCAAAUCAGUGUCUUGUUCACAUCUAGCUCUGUGGGGUAAAAGUGAACUUAUUUUGGCUGGAUUUGCGAUCUUUUAUUUACUGAAACACACCUUUUCUUUGACUCUGUGCCUCUCUGAUUUUCCUUUUCUUUAUUUCACUCUACUUUCUUCUCAUUAGCAGUUCAACUGGUUUUGUAUUUCCACACCUUGAGAAAGACGUUUCUCAGAGCUUCACACUUCUUAUUGAUGCUGCCAGAUGUGCCAAUGUUUUGUUUUGUUCUUUCUUCACAUGAAAACACAUGCUGUCAAAUCUUUUUAAUGUGAAAAUAAUUAGGGUUUACUCCAUGUUUCCUAAAUUUAAAAGAAAACCAGCAUAUGUUCUAUAGACCACAGACAAUUAGGCAGAUAAUCGUUUUUGACACAGGUAUGUACACAAACACAAACAUAAACACAAAGGCAUUGAAAAUAUAUCAGAAACAUGUUUAAACAUGUUACCUGGGAAGAUGCUGGAGGUACGAAAGCUUUUGCUGUAUGACAGAUGCUAUGGAUUUAAAACAAGCCCAACAAUAAUGUAAUCAAAAGCACAAGAAAGUUACAUGAGACUGAAAUGCAAAUGUUAUUUAAAAGAAAAUAACUGUUAAAGAAGUAUGUAAAUAAUAAAGACAAGAAACAUGGCAGCGUAAAUCAUACUGCCAACAAUACAUUCAAUUAAUGUAUAAUUCAUGUUGGAUUAUUGUCAAAGAUCAUUCAUGUGGGAGUUCACAGCAGUCUGUAGCAUUCUCAUUACCAGACUUUAAAAAAAUUAAUAAUUAAGAAUAGUUUUGUAAUUAUUCAAUAAUGGAUGCCCCAAGCUUGUUGUGCUGGUUUAUUUCACUGAGACAGAUAUGAAUACUGUCGUUGGACUAAAUGAUUUGGUUGCCAUGCUCAUUUACAUAACAUGGGGAACAAGCUGACAGACUUUAUAAAAGUUCUACAUCAGCAUAUUUAAAGGCCGUCUCCCAUUUCAAACGACCAGCAAAAAGUGGAUGUUGAAGACAACAUAUUUGAUCAAGAGAAAGCAAUGUGAAAAAUAUUCAAGCAAGGAAUUUAAAAUAAUUACAUGACAACAUAUUCUGUCCUAUCUGCAUGCACCAAAACAAUUAAUGUUUAAAAUUAAUGGUUGCAAAUUAAAUCUGGUCACUUUUAGUUUGCCAAGACUGGGUUAAAAAUGUGCUUUUUAGAAACAGGAAGUAAUAUGUAUAGGAGCAGGAACAAAGGAAAAAGUAGAAAAGGGUUUAAACUUAAGACAUGCCUGCUGCACUGUGAACUAAAAAGUACAAUCUUAACCUCACAAAAUACACAGAGCAUGAAUAAACACAAGUCAAUAGCAAAUGUUUUGAAUCAUUAAUGAGCAAAAACAGGUGAACAGUCAUCUUCUGUACAGAGCGAGAGCACAUGAACAGUUAUCGUAGCUCAGGUACACUGUAAAUCCUCACAUAAAGACUGGCAUUCAAAAUGCACCGGGGCAUCUUUUUUACAUCCGAGAUCACAUCCUUUACGAGUGAAUAAAGGGAAGUGUCUAAUUAUUGGUCAGGGCACUUUCCUGUAGCGGAGAGUGACUCGUGUUUGCAGUGAUUACUCACCAGACAGCUGACAAAGAUGGAGGAAAAUAAAUGGUUUUGGAAACAAAAGCAUCCUAAAUGUGAGGGGGGUGUCCCUACUGAAAGUUGUGAUCAAAUAUCAACCACUAAUAAUACAAUAAUAGAAUACAAUAUAAUACAAGAACUUUAUCGAUCCCCAAAGGGAAAUUGGUUUGUCUGGAAUCUCAUCUAAUCUACUAUUUAUAGAAGAAUAGAAAAGUCUGAUGGCUGUUGGUACAAAAGAUCUUCUGAAUCUCUUCGUCCUUCUGCACAGAGAGAGGAGCCAUCCGCCACCGUUUUUUUUUUUUUUUGGUCCAUUAAGGUGUUAUGAAGUGAGUUAUCUGUGUAUUUUAGUCACUGCCUUUCUCAGUGUACAUCCCUCCACCACACCCUCCAUCGAGUCCAACUUGAUUCCAGCCACAGAGCCAGUUUUUUUCACCAGUUUGUCACCAUGUUGAGUCAGUAAUUUGUCAAUUGUUUCACGGAGAACAUCACCCAGAACUUCAGCCGUUGCCUUGGGUGGGAUGUAUACAAGUAUUGUUAUGAAAUGACUGAACUCCCUUGGAACAUAGUAUGGUUGAGGAGCAACUGAGAAGAGUGACACCAUCUCUGGUUAACAAAUAAAGCCAGACCUCCUCCUUUCCUUCUUGCCACUAGCUUUGGCACCUCUGUCUGAGGUCUGUCUGUCUUAUGAGAGUGAAGCCAGGUUGAUCCACACUGGAGUCCAAGUUGUUCUGAUUUAGCCAGGUUUCAGUAAAACACAGGAGACUGCACUCACAGUGUGCUUUCUUAGUCUUCACCAAUUUCUCAAGCUCGUCGGUUCUGUUGGGCAGAGAGUUGACAUUUCCCAAGAUGACUGAUGGAAGAAAGGUUUUAUAUCUCUAUUUAUGACCCUUCAACUGUGCCUUCACAUCCAGACCAGCACAGCAACCAUGAAAACAGUAAUAAGCUAAUGUCAUGCUUUUUUAUGAUAUUCAUGGCAAACACGGACAUGCAUCCCUGCAAAGUGUUAGUCUACAGUGGUAUCAUUUGAUGAUGCUUGUGUUAACUCUUCAUGUGAGUUUUAGUACGGCAUCACACAGUUGACAUAUAACCUCUGUUAUUGCCUUUAGGCUGAAUUGAUCCCACACAGCCCUCAUUUUUAGACUCUAGCAUGGAAUAACCAUUGUUGAAAGCCUUGAGAAAAAUCAGUCAUCGUCCAGACUGCUGUCAGAGAUAAAUAAUCAAUAAAAAAGUUAACAUCGAUUUUAAGAGGAGUUAAAAAAAAAUGGUGUUUUAGUGAUACUGCUAAACUCGAGCGUUGUAGUGUUCAGAGACAGAGAUGCGGGCUGUAAUCCCUGACAGUUUUUUGGCCCAAAUUUCAACUUCAUCUCAGCUGACUCAAAUCGCUCGACACUUCAAAGGGAAACACCCUAACAUUAGCCGUACAGAUAACAAUGAAACGUCACAGCAGAUAACACAUCCUGACAGACAAUUUCUCACUAAUUAAAGCCAACACAAGAGGCAGUUGACAUGAUGUCAAAGGGAUGUUUUUUUCAGAAAGAAAGCAACAUACAGUCAAAUAGGAGGAGGGGAGGUAAUAGAAAAGAACUCUGUGUCACUUUAGUGUUCCUCCCGCCAUGUAGGAGGAUGAGGAGAUAGACUCGGCUGGCCAUGACUGGUCAAAGUAGCAGUUUUAUUUGGCUGAGUUAAUGGGAAAUAAAAGAUAAUAUGGCACAAGAUUAGUCAGCAGUAAAGACCACUGUGGUGUAAAAAAAUAGAUACUCACAUUUUCUUCUUUAUCUUUCAUCUUUCUUUCCUCCCCACCUUCUGAACACUUUUCUUUAUUAGGUGCUGUCUCUUCUCAUUUGCUACCUGCUUACUUCUUCUUCUUUUGCGCUAUCGUUUGCAACCCAUUUUGUCCUCCUUUUGUAUGCCACCACUUCACUCUACCUGGGGAAAAAAAUACAACACUUAUUUUCUCUUGAAUGUGAAAAAAGAUGGCCAAAGCUCAGCAAAGUCCAAGGCGAGAUUGUGUUGUCUGUAUGUGUGUGUGUGUGUGUGUGUGUGUGUGUGUGUGUAUGUGUAUGUGUGUAUGUGCUGGGCUGGGGUCUCGCCGGGGGGUGGAGGUGUUAGAGACUGUUUUUAAUGUGUAAAGCUCUUCGUUCUGCAUUUCCUUUUGUAUGAAAAGUGCUGUGUAAAUAAAGUUUGAUUUGAUUAAGUCAAAGGCAAUGCUUUCAGGAAAACAAAGAGCAGGUUAAUGAUUGGAACAAACUGGAAAUGAAGUCAAUUCAAAGUCAGAGGGAAAUAAUUGGCAAUCAUGUCAAAGGGAGAUCUUGAGUAAACAUUUUCCUUUUUGUGUGCUUGAAAAUUAAUUCCUUUUUGAUAAUUUCUCUCUUUAUACCUGCCCCGGGGUCUGCAAAACAGGAUAAAGGUGCACUGUUUAGUGGAAAGUGUGAAAUUUAUUUACAAAUUCUUUGUUAAAUAUCGCACUAGUUCUCCAUGAUCUCAGAAAUAAUGUUCAACUAUUUUUUCUCAUUCUGUUUUUAGAUGAUUUUAGUUAAUAUUUGUUGCUGCUUUUGUAACUUGUCAGAUUAAAAGAUAUCUCUGAAGAGUCAGCUAUCAAUUGGCACUUGAGUUUGUUUACCUGAGACAAAUUGUCCUUUUUUGAAGUCUUAACUCAUUUGAAGCCUAUUUGGACCACUAUUAUGUAUAUAUUUAUUACCCAGCUGUACAAAGAAUUUGAGUUUGAUCACUUAAUGGGGCGCCGCUGGUCCAGCGGUCCUAACAUGCAUCGUACAUCGAGUGUACAAUUCUCAGGUGGACAGCCCAGGUUGAUUCCAACCUAUGACCUCUCUCCUUCAUGUCAAUCCCAACUCUCCCUGUUUUCUGCUCCGUCUACAGUCUUUUCUUUACAAAAAAGAAGGUAAAAAAAAGAGGUUUGGUUUAUGCAGUAGUUUGUUGAUGGAUAGAAACGUGUUGCCAGGGGAAACAUGAUGCCACACGGCUAAUCAAAUCAACCUGUGGAGACUUCUUUGGCACAUUUCACCUCUGACUAUUAUUGUCACUAUGGUGAUCAGUUUUUCUUAGCAGUCGUAAUUGAUUAUCAACAUACUUGGUUACAAAUUACCUGCAGAGAUGUAAAAAAAACACAGAAGAUAAUAACACAGAAACACUGAGAGGUCAAAAGACACAAGGAGCUUAAUGAAACUGUAUUGACACUCAAUGAAACUGUAUUGAGUGUCGGCAGUGUUGAUAGACGGACUGAGUGAAGAGAAAAUCAGAAGGGACAAGGCAGACCGCCAUUGGAUGGUCAUUUUUUUUCCCUCAGUGUAAAGUAGCAAAGAAAGAUGAUGAUGUUUGACGUAAACCAAACAACCAAACUGGUUGUUAUAGCUGAUUAGAAGCUCUUUACGGUGAGAGUUCUCCUCACCCUGAUGGGGCCCCAGUCCUGUAAUAACCUACUCAUGAUGCAUUAUAAAGUUAUUAAUAUUCUAAGUUGUUGAUUUUAAUUUCUCAUUCACCAUUACAGGCAGGCCAACGAGGAGUAUCAGGUCCUGGCCAACUCUUGGCGUUACUCAUCUGCCUUUUCCAACAAGCUUUUCUUCACGGUGGUGGACUACGACGAAGGGGCAGAUGUAUUCCAACAGGUGAGGAGAUGUUUGUUAUUUUAUCAAAGUUAAAUAAGCUCAUCUAAGCCUAUCAUUUGCCUUUUGCCUCUGAAAUUCCUACUUCAGCUGUCUGCUAGCACACCUCUUUUUGACUUUGAAGCUAUGCAGGUCUUUUACUGCAAUGAAAUUCAAACAUACUAUGGUAGCUAGAGACACUGAUUAAUCAGGUCAAUAAACAUGCACUUGAAAAAGUCUUCAUGCACUGAUGCUUUUGCCCAUGAAACGGAUAAAAGACAAAAACAUAUAGCCGCAGAUCUGUCAGUGUUGACGCUGUUGACCAUGUAAACAGCCCAAAAUGAUUACACGCUUUUUUACAUCCAGGUCCUUUUUCUCUUUUAUGUCAACUGUUGUGGCAAAAAAAGAUUCCCUUGCAUAUUGAUAAAUAAGCCAAACCAAAUACUGUUACAUAGUGGAAAAAAAGAAAAGUUAAAUUGUGGGGCAAAUAUUCAGAGUUACAAUGAAACUCUUCUCACUGUGAUCUCUCUUUCACUUUAUAACCCUCCAGUCUUUGAAGAGGAGCUGCUUCCUCAUCUGGCCUAUCAUCAUUCACAACUAUAGCUUCUCCCAUCUCUUUCUGCUAACCUCAGUGACUCUGUCUUCCUUUGUAUCGUAUUCACCUUCAACCUUUUUUUAAACCAGUCAAACAUUUCCCCUUUGUCUUUUGCCAUUCAAUCUUUUCAUCUUUUUCCAUUCCCUUUUUCCUUCUGAUUCCCACUGGACAGGGAGCUGCCUUUAGAACUUAGAGAUAGAUUUGCAAAUAACCUUCUAGAGCAGUGAAGUGAAAAAAGCAAGAAGUUCACGCACAUAAAAAGUCAAACACAAAGAUGCAGGAGAAAGAAGUUGUUGUUUCAGGCCCAUAUUCUCACUGUGCAUCACUGAGGUCCAUCAGAAGCUGAAGCUCUCUGGAUGAGUGUACAAGACUGCCAGAAUUGGGUACAGUUAGCGAUGACAACAUUACCCUUAUCCUGCACCUGUGCUUAGAGAGUCCAGAUCUUUCUUUGAAAAAAGUUGGCAGAAAGUCCCCACUCUCAUGCAAGACAAGAAUUCGGUGGAUAACACACUCUUUUCUUAACUUUCUUUAAGAUUUAAAAAAGAAAAGAGUUUCUGUCUUCUUCUAUAAUAGUGUGACUAAUAAUUCAGUCUAAAUGCAGAAGCGACAUUUUCUUAGUGUAUAGCACAAUAGUCUAUGUUAAGCUUAGUCAGUCAGCUAUGUUUCCUGUAGCUAUCAUGAUUGCAAACCUCAACAUGACAAAAAGAGAGAUGGUACAAGACAGAGCCUCAAAGUUAAAGUCAGUAAACUAAGCUGGUAUAAGUUGUGCAUUUUGAUGCACUGAUCCCCCUCGGUUAGAUUGGGUAUAAUAUUCUGGUGCAACCAAAUUCUGCUUCUUAUUUGUCACACAGCUGCAGCAAACCAUCAGAAACUUAACUGUAACUCGUGAUUAAUUUCCUCAUCAAUCUGAUUAUUUCUGAAAUCACCUAAUCAGCCAACAAAGGCUCAGUAAUUGUGAAGAACAAUGCAUCUCAGAAGUCUCCAGAGCCCACUGUUGCAUUCGUCUGAACAUUUGUCCCAAACCCAUUUAUAUUUAGUGAGCGAAUGCAGAUACCAAGAGAGCUGAUAUGUUUCUUAAGGAUGCAAAUGUCCUUCACAGGCUUCAAAACCCCAGGAGGCUCCACCCUCCACGGGCUUCACAAUUUUGCUCUUUAAUCAAAUUACCUUGCUCCCUAAACAAGAUCAGUACGGUUUGUCUUGUUUGUGUUUUCUAAUGAAACUUGGAUUGUUUCUCUUACAAGUGCACAAAAAAGUAUACAUUUUAAAAUCGUGAAACAAUUUUUUGUACUUUAUUUCAUUCAUCUGCUCUUUCAGGAAAAUAACACUUAAGUUGAAAGAAAUUGAAUCAAAUUCAAAUCCAUUUGCUCUGAUUUUGAUCAUACAAUGUGUCCAUGUAUUCUUGUAUAUUCAUGCAUACAUGCAUGUUCUGCAUUGUCGUCAAGGAAAUCCAGACAUGUUAUUUCCAAGUACGCACACAUGCAGUAACCACUAAUAGGAUGCACAAAAUGUCAGCCCUCCGUUAUCUUGCCCUCUGCUGAUCUCUGCUCAUUUCCUUUCCCUCCUCCUCAUUUUCUUCAGGUGUCUUGGGGAAACAGGAAAAAUAGUGGACAGCGUUGUUGCUGAUGAUUAUAGAGAGUUGUGGGAUUUGAAGUUAAAUAAGUGUGAAAUAUGAAGAGAGAAAAAAAACAGAAGGAAAUGGCUGUGUGUGUGUGUGUGUGUGUGUGUGUGUGUGUGUGUGUGUGUGUGUGUGUGUGUGUGUGUGUGUGUGUGUGUGUGUGUGUGUGUGUGUUUAAGUAUUAAGAGGGGAAACAGACUUAUUCAUUUGUGAAGACAAAUCUAUUCAUGCAAAGAUGGAGUUAUCAGGGAUGUUCUCUUUAUCUAAUCAUUAGCUGUGAUAACAAAGACAUGGGUCAGUGCACAUACACACAAACGCAAACACACGUGCACACACACACACACACACACACACACACACACAUCAAGGUAUAUAUUAGGACAGAAAUAGACCAUCCUUACUCACUUUGUAAACUUUGGAGGUUAUUUCCUCGUCUCUGUGCCUCUGAGUUAAUUUAUAAUUUAAAGCUUUAACAUCAAAGUCAAGUCCAAAUAGAUCUGUCCGUUUAUUGUACAAAGAAUAAAAUUGUGUUUCCAAUAAAUCAUCAAAUUUCAUACAGUGCUUUUAAGGUUUCAUCCUGGAGAUGAUGUAGUCGAGGCUGACAUCCUCUGCAUGUGGCCACUGGUUUGACUCCUCUUUGCUGCAAAUCAGUUCCCACUGUCUUCUACUAAAAUGUCCUGUCUUUCUUCAACUGCUCCAUUAUUAAGGCGAUUCAUCCAUAAUUAAGGCAAAAUUUCAAUAUCAAGAUAUCAAGCAAUUAUGUACUUAAUGAAACUUAAUGACUAACUGAGGCAAAAACUUUUAGUACAUUACACUGAAGCGGCCCAUUUGGAAUUACCACACAAGAUGCAGAGAGCUUCAAAUGCCAUAGUGCCAGAUUUCAGUAAAAAUUACAUUGAAAUCAUGUUCACAUUUUAAACUUCGACUUGACUUUUAGUAAAGUUAAUAAAUUUUACAUGAAUUCACUCUUGUAACUGCUAUGAGUUGCAACUCUUAUUCAAAUAAAAAUAAUGACAGUUUCUCUUUGUUUUAAAUAAAAUGAACCACUCCUUUUACAAUGAAUACACCAUCAUUCUCCUCCUACCUACUUCUGCUUCCAAGGGCAUUACAUUUGAGCUCAGCCUGCUAGCAACUCUUCUUCCUCACACACACACACACACACACACACACACACACACACACACACACACACACACACACACACACACACACACACACACACACACACACACACACACACACACAAUGACACAAAAAACACGUAGCGAACCACAAUAAAAUAACCGUUCACAAGUUUCAACACAGGAUACCAAAUGUAAAUAGUUUGUUUGCAUGCUUUACCAACUCUGUAGCAUGGUGAGCAUGCUGUUCCUGCGAUAACAUUAAGUAUCAUAAUUAGAGUGGUGUUCCUCAAAAUAAAGGCAGAAAAUAAAGUGGCAUAACUGCAUAACUUAUAGACAAAAUUAACUGCCAUUUACAUAUACAGAGCACCCAAAAUAAACUUUUUAUUAAAGCUUUGUCAUCAGUCUGUUGUUUAAAAGUAUUAAAAUGGAUUAUGUGACUUUAUCUUAAAUUGAAAUGUCAUUUGAUUUGACUGAUAAGUCACUGAUGACUUUAAGUUAACGUCCUCCACACCUUCUUUUUCCUUCUUUCCCUCUAGUUGAACAUGAACAGCGCCCCGACCUUCAUGCAUUUCCCAGCUAAGGGGAAGCCAAAGAGGGCUGACACCUUUGACCUGCAGAGGAUUGGUUUUGCUUCUGAGCAGCUGGCCAAGUGGAUCGCAGACCGCACAGAUGUUCAGGUACUUCAAAUGUUAUGUGUCACACAAUCUACCAUCUGCUCAAUUGUUAGUGUAUAAAUAUCAGUUUAUAAAACCUUGAUGUAGUUCAUUUAGACUGAUGUGGUGAUUUGAGCUGUCAUGGAUCAUAAAAUAUACCGAAGAUAACAGGUCAUCUGGAGAAUACAAGUGCACAUGCUAAAAAGAAGCUGCACAAAACAUUUUGUGGCUCAAGAGGGAGCUGCACAAAAUCUAAUACGCAACACAGCUGAGGCUAAAAAAACUACGUUGUCACACACAUAUUUAUAUAACACACACAUAUCAGGUGAUUUUAUGCUUACAGUGGUGGUCGAGUUACUUAAUGGGCAAAGAGGGUGCAUCUUACAAUGUUAUGACUGAUGCAAAGAGCAGGUUGUCUUUCAGCCUUGAGAAGCUAAGAGACUGAGUGUUGUACAUUGAGGUGUGCUUUAGAUGUCUCUGCAAUUAAGUUGUUCGAGCUUAAGAGCUCAAACCUUCAACCUCUGCAGACAGUCCAAGAAGCCUGCUGACAUCCCGUUGAUGGAUCUGGAUUCAAAAGGCCUCCUUUCAUAGCAUGUGGGGGGAAGCACUCACACUACACUAAGUGUCAUCUUUUAUCUCGCAGAGCCAUCUCUGAGACACAUAGCUUUUUAAUUCGUUGUUCUGUAUCGAUCUUUUUAUUAGUUAGACUUGAUAUUGUGUACAUGUCAAUGGGAGAACAGUUUAAGGCUCUGGACCCAUUUCAUAAAUCUCUGUUGGGAGCAAGAAAUACAAACACACUUGAUUAAAAAGGGUUGUAUUGAAUAUAUCAUACUUUUUUUAUUAUACGCAUUUAUUUUCUAAAGGCUUGUACUGAGCAAUUAAUUCUUUCAGUUUCAAAAUAAGAAAGAAGCAACAUGGAUUUGGUGCCAGUUCAAACCAAAUUUGUUUGCAGUUAUUUCAACUUUGAGAAAAUAGAAAGAAAGCAGCUGAUUUUUUAACCCUCAAAUGAAUAAAAGAAACCCUUGAAUAAAGAGUUAUUUAACAGCGCUCUUUCUCAAUCUCUCUUACUCUUGCGUCCAAUUCUAGAGGAUUUAUUGGCAGGCAUAAAAGUUUCAAUAACUUUAAUGUAUUAUUAACAGUAUCUCUCUCUCUCUCUCUCUCUCUCUCUCUCUCUCUCUCUCUCUCUCUCAGAUCCGUGUCUUCCGGCCUCCUAAUUAUUCAGGUACCAUAGCUUUAGCCCUGUUGGUCUCGCUGGUUGGAGGUCUGUUGUAUCUUAGGAGGAACAACUUGGAGUUCAUCUACAACAAGACUGGAUGGGCCAUGGCUGCUCUGGUAUGACGCAAAGUUACAUUCACCCAAACAAACUCACAGAAACACACACAUAUAUUGAGUCCUGUUGGAAAAUUAACUUAAAUUGCCUCUGAGAAGAAAUAUCUAUACUAUUUUUUCUGUGUAAAGGAUCUACUUUAAAGCCAGAUGUGCAGUAUACCAGAGUGUACCAGACACAAUGGCUAUAUAAACAUCUACUUUUGACAAAUUUCUGUCUGUUUCAAGAAAGAUAGCUUAAUUGAAGAAUGCUUGUCUUACACAGUUUGUGUGGAAAUAUAUAAAACAGCUUAAAUUCAUAGUGGAAAUGCUUCUGUUUGCAGCUGAUAGAUUUAUAUUUAAUGUCUUGACUGUUAUUUUGUCUGUGUCUUUCUCUAUCUCUUUAUUAUAGUGUGUGGUUUUUGCGAUGACAUCUGGUCAGAUGUGGAAUCACAUCAGAGGUCCUCCCUAUGCCCACAAAAACCCCCAGAAUGGACAAGUGGUACUUUUCCUCUUUUUAUUUCUGUUUAUAAUGAAAUAUAUCUCCAUCUAUUCCCUUUUCCCACUUCCCUUGUCAUUGUUACCUUCCCUUUAUUCUUCCCACUUAUUCUUAAUCGUUUCCUAGAUGCUUUCCUCCUUUUCUAAUAUCAUUUCCUGCCUGUGGAGUUUGAAAAACAGUAUUUUAAAGAUCAAGAUAAUUUUGUUUUCAAGUUUUUAUUAGCGAAGUGAUGGUAACAUCUGAAUGGCUGUUGACCCUUAGAAGAUGCACUACCAUGUACCAUUAUCACCUGCUAUUAGGUCAGCGUGUGUGUGUGUGUGUGUGUGUGUGUGUGUGUGUGUGUGUGUGUGUGUGUGUGUGUGUGUACUUGCCUACCUAUCCAAGAGGGGAAUUAGGCAUCAUAACACUUCCACCAAGAGGGGACCUCAUGGCCAACAGGGGACACACACUUCACACACACACUUUUCUUAUAUGUUUCUCAUUUUUCUCUUUUGGUCCAGAUACUUUCUUGUUUUGUUUUGUUUUUUUUUUGGAGAAAUGCCUUUAUUACUAAUAUGUGUGAAAACUCUCUCACACUCACACACACUCACAUAUGCACACAGGCAGUAUUUGCAGAUACAGUUUUGCUGGUCAUCAUUUAACUUCGCUCAGUGAAGUGUGAAAUUAGAAUAGAAAUAUGACCAAAACUGAGAAAAUAAGGGAGGAGUGAGAAAGAGACGGAGGGAGUGAAUGAAAAUUCUUCUAAAUGUCUCUCCUCUGGUGUCAGCCAUGUGUUUGCACUAACACACAAGCUUGCACACAAACACAUCCACAAAGAUCAACACACAGGGUCAUUGACAAGAAAGUAUACAAAGUCAAUUCAGCUCUUGCACGGCCUGAAAGGGAUCGGUAUUUCCUGUAGCCAGCACUCCUAGAGAGAUUACACAAAACACACAGCAGAGAGAGGGAGUGUAGAAACACACUCCCGAAACGUCAAAAAAAAAAAAAAAAAAGAGAGACAAUAACUUCCAACCUCCUCUUGCCCCUUUCUCUCCUCUAUUCCAUACGGUACGGUCCCUCUCUCUUGUUCCCUGUGUAAGGCACUCUAUUUGUCAGGCUCUGUUGGAUCUCUGUUAUUUUUCAGCCUGUUUGACAAUAAACAGGUUUAACCCUUGUUCUUUGUCGCUCUCAUCCCCUCUCCCUCUUUCCGUGUUAUUUCCCAGAACUCUCCACCCCAGUUCUCUUUACCACUCACUUACUUCUGGACCACUUUUUUCCUUCAGGAUUAGCAUUUUCUUAUUUUACUGUGAAAAGAUUACUUCAUAAUGGUCACUGUUUAACUGACCGAAUUGAUUUUUGGUUGAUUAAAUCUCAGAGUUCAGUUGUAACAAAAAAGAAAAGAGCUGUAAUCAUGAUAUUCACCUCUCUGUUAUGUCUCAUCUGCAAAGUGUGAUGCAUGUAGGCAUAAUGUCCUCUAUAAGGGGUAGUAACAGGAGCAGAACAAGGGGAACAUGAUUGCUACGUAUGACGAGGCGUUUCCGCUGCGCGUUCACAAGCAGUACCUCUGGUAGUCCUGCAACGCCAAAAUACAAUGUGAAAUCACACACUGGGACACUUAUAUUACUCAGUUUGUUCCAGCGCUUCUGCAAAAUGGCAAUGUGCAAGAGGUGAUUGAUUUUACUGAGUCUUGCACAGUUGACUAGCUGUUACAUAGUCUCCUCUCACUCUCUGUCUCUUUUGUGGAAAGCAUUGUUGAGAGUUUCUGUAGUUUAAGGAGUUACUUUUCAAAUUUAAUUAUAUUAAAGUUACAGAACUUUUAAAGAACCUAGAAAAUCCACAGGAUGUUUGUGUGCCACUUCUCUGAUUUGCUCUGUCUGAAGCCACGCACUCCGGCUCACUGGAAGCCUGCUCGAAGCGUAGCAUGGCAUUGCAAAGCUGUACUUUCUGCAGAGAGAGUGGCUCUGACAGAAUGCAGCGUACAUGGGCUUUCCAGGUGUAAGAUUAAAUAUCCAAAUUGGCUGGUGAGCUUGUGCCGACAGUGAUGCUGCUUGGUUUCUAACGUAGAGAGUUCCAAGAACCUACAGUUGGUAAUUUGAGCGGGUCCAUCAGAAAUCAAGUCUCAGCAAUCGUGGUGUUGAAACUCACGUUUGAUGUUGGUGUAUGGUAUGAUGUGAAGAUGAUGAGUGAGCAUUUUCUAUACAUGAUAUAAGAAGGAGAUUUGUGGCAUACCUGAGUGUUUUUUUGCUGUUUUUUUUUAUUUAAUUUAAUUUUAUUUAUUGUUCUUUUUAGUCUCAGCUCUGACUCUGUGAAUUCCUCCCUGUUUACAAUAACCACUUUAUUUUUCUACUCUUCAACACCUCUUCUGUCCUUUGUUCUUUCUCAGCAUUCAUCAGAUCAUCUUCCCCCCUUUCUCUUUUUUCUCACCCUGCCCUCCCUUCCCCUUUAUUCUUGCACAUCUCUGUCUCGCUUUAUACCAUGUUACAGUCCUCACAAGAAAAAAAAAAAAAGUGCAGUCAGCUACUUUCCUACCUGACUGGUGCCUCCCUCCUCUCUCUCUCCUCUCUCUCUCUCACCCUCUCUUGUUCUUGGUUUUGUCAGAACUGAGCAGAGCGGUGAGGGCAGCAUUUAAGAUUUGUCCCAGUGAAAUGUUGAAACAGCAUUUUAGAUGAAGACAGAAAUUAAUUCUCAAACUUUCUGGAGCAAUAGCUAAAGGCAUUUAAUUGAAACUGCAAAGGUGAAUGGGUCAUAAAAGAUUUAUUACUGAGCAUGCAGAAAACAAAUUAUACUAGUUUGGAGCAGAAAGGGUGAAGAGUUGGCAGGGGGCCCGUUCAGUGUCCUGGAUAAGUCAGAUAAAUACCAGCUAGCCCAGAAAACCAGGCGGGAUUUGGGCAUUUGGAUUUAGUUAGUUGAAAGGGUCCUGUCAAGAGGGUACAACAAGUAACAACAACUUGGGUCUGAUAUAGUCCUGAUUUAGUCCUGCUUUUGGUCAUGAAAAACACACUUUUAAAGGACACCCAGCGUUACUUAAUCAGUGAGGCAAACACUCAAUCGUUCUCCUUAAAAGAGGUUUCUUACUUCAAGAGUUGUUGCUUAUUUGUAUCAUCUCAUACGACAGCGAAGUCAAUCGGAAAUGUAUGAAAAAGGACGUACUGUGAUGGCAAGGGUCUGAAUCUCAUCUGAACCGCUGAAAGAUGUUUUAAUCCUGGAUGAAUUAUUUGAAAGGUGCUGAUAUUUUAUCUCAUCUCAUCUCAUCUCAUCUUAUCUCAUCUUAUCUUAUCUCAUCUUUCAAAGACCUGUGUAUAACCCUUCAAUUUGGGACACUUGUGGAUGGUGUUAAAAAUCAUGUACAUUUAUAGACUUGAAUACCUGUAAUGUUUAAUGAGAGUGUGAACUAGGCUUGUUAUAGCCAUACAGGUGUUUUAUUUAUUUUUUAUUUUUUACUUGAUUUUAUCUCGUACAAUUUUGUUUGGUAUUUAUUAGUUAUUAAUGACACUAUUAGUUCUGAUGUUGUGCUAGUGCAUGAGUACAAUUGAAACUGGGGUUUCUAACGCUCCCCCUCCUAAAUAGAGACCAGCUAUGUAUACCUAAAAGGGAAACCACUGAUGCUUGUUGUACUGUGCAACACCAUUGACUGGGAGACUGAUAUUAUUACAUUAUCAUUUAUUGCCCUAUAGGACAGUUUAGAGCGGACAGGGAUCAUGGAGAAUGGGGGGUGGGGUGAGGGUGGAGCGGGGAUGUCAAGGUUGGGGUCAAACCAGUGCAAGAGUGUAUGGCCGUGACCUGGAGCCUCCCGUCUCAUGGUGUCUCAUGGCCACACACCCUAAGCUUCUCAUUCACAGUUUGUGAAUGAAGCUGUAACUGCAGUCAUGCUGAUGACCGUUCAAAAAUGGGAAUUCUUCAUACUAAGUGAGCCAAAUACCUAACUCAACCAAUGACUACUGCCACAAGGACUACAAGCUUUGUAAAUGGGACAUACUUGAACCACAGUGAUAAACCAUUUGUAACUAAGGCAAAAUACCCAACCAUAAACUUCCACAAGAAAUAGCCGUUUGUAGAUGGGCUGCUGUGACAGGCACACAAUGGGUCUUCUGUGUGAUGAAGAAAAACAGUUUGUACUGAGACAAAAGGAACCCUCAAGUCUUUUUUUGUCUGGCUUUGUAGUUAAAUUGCCUGAAUUUUUUUUUUUUUUUUCCACUGAAAGACUUGCUAUGGCUUGCCUCAUAGCUAACCCUUGUCAUUGGUCUUUUUACUCAUGAACUCCUCAGUUUUCUUCUUACACCAACAUGCUUUAACCGCUAAUAUAUUCCUUGUGGGUCUAAGUCAGUUUGUUAGUUUUAAGUGGUACAGUCAGGAGCAUAUUUCUAUGUUGUUGUUUCUUCAUUAUUUUACUCUCUCCUCUGCUCCCCUAACAUGCCCUCUUAAGUCCCUCUUUUCCUCCCUCUGUCCCGCCACAAUGAAAUCUCUCAACCUGACUGACAAUAUUGGAGCGAUACCAGUCUUAUCCAUCCCAUUCUAUCCUCCCUGCCUUUUCAUGUAACUUCUUCUCACCUCUCUCUCUCUAAUAUCCCACUCUCCUCACCCUCCUUCUCUCCCCAGACAGUGUAAUUCCUUUAAAAUGAUGAGCGAGCGAGACCAGGUAGACUGUAUUGAAAGGAUUUGUCAACUGACGAAUGGCACGACCAAGCAGAUGAAAUUGUAGAUAGCGUCUCACCGUGCAGCCAAGAAAACACUGCCAGCUCACUUUGUGUCACACACACAUACACACACUGAAAAACACUCUCACAGAGUGUAUCAUAGAGACUGUGGUCCUUUUACAGACCUGCACAAACACUAUUACAAGCAUACAAAACAAAACUUGGAGAAAUAAUGUUCCCGCUUGGGUUCAGAUUGCUUUGGGGUGUUUUUAUAGGCUGUUAUUUAAGUAUUAAAAUUCGAUAGUAAAAAUAGAAACUCACCUCCUCUUUUCUCUUUAGAGAAUAACACCUAAAGCAGCUCUUUCUUGAGGAUGUAAGGGGUGAAAACAAACUACUGGAUAUGGUGUCUAUCUGAAACAAAACACAUACAGCACCAUAGCUUUGAGUUUCAAUGAUUACUGUGCCACCCAGUUUGUCUAGCGUGGCGUGAGUGCACCCUCUUUUUCCACAUUACAGCAGAGCAUGAGCUUAGCCCCUACAUUCAAUUAGCUCUUGCUUCGACUUCGUGAUCAAGAGCUUAGCUUACAACAAAAUUUAGUGUUAAAUGGAUAUUAAUGACUACUGCUGUGUUUGUACCCAGUCCUUUGUGUUGUCUUAAAAUCCAAAUUUGAGAGAUUACUGCUUUUGUCUCAGAAUUUUCAUCAGAUAAAGUCAAUCAAAUCUGGCCUUCAAGUACUUAUGAGUGCUUAUGAAACAGGCACUUCUAGGGAGGUGUCCAGUUUAAUUCUAAGGAUGCCCACAGGUUGAAGAGAUGUAUAAGUGAGAGACGUAAUUCUGAUGUGAAACUGAACAUCCAUCAGACUGGCUCAGGAAUGACACUCCUACAUUUGAAUUCAGGGAAUAUUUUGUGCAAGACUGCGAAAAGAAAAUUUGAACAGAGCACUCUGAAAAUUAGAGAGUUUUUGAGAGAAAAAUGAUGAGUGGAAAAAAGAGCAAACAGAAAAGAGCUGACAGAAAAAGUCUGUAUUCGAUGUACCUGAUGGAUUUGUUUGUUUGCUUUUGUUCGACACAGGCAGACUUCAGUGUUUUAUAGAUCAGAACCCCCCCCCCACACACACACACACACACACACCCCUAUGUGAAGUAUUUUAGACGGGUUUCUCAUUCUCUUUUCAAAAAAGGAAUUUGUUUUCUUUUGAUUUUGAUUUCUGAGCCGAUCUUUUUUCUCUCCUCUGUUUUUAUAAUGACCAACCACUUCUUUUUAUUCCUGCACUACUAGCAGAUGACAUUUCCAUAUUUCCAGCUGAUUUCACAUGAUUGCUUGAUGGCUUUGGCAGCUGUUGGCAGCAGCCCCCUCUUUAUUACUGCUAACCUUUCAUAUUUUAAAGAAGCACUGCUGCAACUUUUAUCGACUCUCUGCAAAUUGUUGACUUUUGGUUUGCAAAGUACAUGGGUGUGGUGUGUUUGUGUGGGAGACAGUGAUUGCUGCCUUAUGUGGUGCUCAAUAUUAUACUUUAACUGUACACACCUGUGUUGUGAGCCCAUAUAUCUCCAUUCAUUGAUUAAUUACUCUCUUGGAUUGAACAGUCCAAGAGUGGAGAAGUACUUUAAAUGGUAUUUUAAUCAGACUCGGGAGAAACUCUUUGUCUUGUUGUUUCAAAGUCGACUUCCUUUGACUCUCAGGGCCACACCAAGUUAAUGAAACUUUUGUUUUCGCAAGUAAAGCUUGAGCAACUUUCAACAUCAAGGUUCUAAGUGCCUUAUGUAAGACAUUAAGGGUUUAACAAACACAGGACAAUAACACACACACAGAAAGAGGGCUGUAUGGAUGGAUUUAUACAAGGGUGGUAAAAAAUAAGAAGACAUUAAUUAAGAUUGAAACGAUGCAUAAAAAGACAUAAGGCCUGGGCAAUUUGGCAAAAAAAAGGGAUCACGAUAUAAUUUGUCGUAUCGUCUGAUCUCGAUUAUUAUCAUGAUUUUUUUUAAACUGCCAGUUUUAAAGCAUCUGUACUAAAAACUAGAGAAACUAAAGAUUAGUUCAACAUUUUAUCAACAUACAAAGUAAAUAAAGCAAAUUGAAUAAGAUACACUUAGAAAAAUAUAAAAAACAUUUUAACUCAACAGUAGAACAACUGUAGAUAAAAACUAAAUAAGACAGUGAACUAGUGUACAGUCCUGAGUGUUUUUGCAGGUAUGCAAGAUCCAAAAUAAACAAAUCAGAGAUAAUGAAGAUGCUUUAAAAUGUAAACAUUAGAUUAUGUAAAUGUAGAUGAAACCAUUGAUUGCUGGUUUGGUCUGGUGGUUGCAUAACUAGUUGUCGCUAAACUGCUAAUGCUACUCAUGCCGUCCGCAGUAACAGGCUGUGCAGACUUCACCACAUUUUGAUGCUUUCCGCAUAAUCACUUGGGAAGUACUUCUUCAAAUGAUUAAACAGAUUUGUUGUCUGCCGGUUUUUGAGGCACCAACCGCCGACAUACCUUGCAGAUCGGCUUAAUUACUCAACGUCACCUUGGAGAUACCCGAACCACUGCCAUACAACCAACGUUGAAUAACUUCUCAACAACAACAUCUCCGGAGGUUGACUCAAAGUCAUGGCUGACAUCUAUUUUGCUGCCCUCAGCUCCGCAUUUAACUCCAUGUUUGGUCACUCUGUUUACUUCUCCUGUUUACUUCUCCGGCAACUUACAGAAGGGAGCAGGAAAAACUCAACUCUGAUUGACUGUUGUGACGCACAUUUCCACUAUGUUUGAUUGAGUAAAUAUGCUCACAGCUGAUCACCAUGAUCGAACUGAAAUUUAUCGUGAUCAUCGAUCACAAUCAUAUAAUCGCCCAGUCCUAGCUUCAAACAAGAUGUGAAUGCAUUUUGUAGGAUUUUGCAGAAACUUGGAGAUGACCGAAGGCUGGAUUGUGAUUGUUAAAUCUGGCCAUAACCAAGUUAGAAUAAAUUCUCCUCCUUCAUCUGGGUGAAUUUGUUGCAGGUCCAGUCACUCUUAUGUAAAAUACACAAUAAAAUGGGAUGCUUGUCACAUUUUGAAAUAAUUUUAUAUCUAUAUCUGUAAGGAUACCUAGCCCAGGUUCACACUUAAAAGAAUGGAAGGUCCACACGAAUGAUCAGUUUGACAAGUUUUACUGGUUGCAGAUCUGGGUUACAGCUUCAGCAUGUGUAACAAAGACUGGUCUGAGACUGUUCAGGUAUAUAUAGCCGUCCAUGUUUCCAAACAUUCUGUUGACAUCCUGUUGACCUGAAGGAUAGUCCAUGUAGGGUAAGAACAAAGGACAACAUAUUUCAAGGAGCCCAAGUUGAAAAUAUAGAGAGCCCAUAUAGGGGGAAACCACAGUACAACAUAUUUUGGGAGCCUGAGUGAUGUUAAAACUGUGUACAAGGUCCUUGUUGAGGAUGGUUGUCAGAGGCCUGUGGCUCCAGGAAUCGUAUCCAUGGUAUCUGAGUUACAUAGUUCCACCACCCUAAAGGCUGACGUGAUUGGCUAAAGAAAAUUCUCCUAACAAUAUCUGUGUGCCAUCUGCAUUGUCAUGAUCUCUAUAGAUGGAGUAUGUGUGUUGGUAAAGGACGUGACUUCAGGCGUUCUGAACACUCUGUUCUUUUUUUCUUCCAUUUACGAUCCAAGAAAAAAUUGUCCACUUGCGUUUCAGCCUAGUUUUGGUUGCAGGAAAAACCGUUGAUGUGGAUAGGAAAGAGGCAGAACUAAUGAGUCAUAAAUCAAUACCAGACCAAGUCAGCUAUGUUGCUGUUUUUAAGGAAAACCUCAUGAAUUCCUUUGAAUACAUGCCCCCAGAAAACUGUUCACCAUGCUGACCACUAAGAAAGGUCAUUGGAGCAGUCGGGGGUGAAGUGCUUCACCUUUCUAUGAAUUUGUACACUGUGUGAAUGGAGCUGGCAGCUCUUUUGUAUCAUAAACCCAUGUCACCGUGUGUGCUCUUUCAUCCUCUCACAGCUCUGUACCUGCAGAUAAGCCAACACAUUUCUCAGACAUGCAAAAACAAACAAAACUUAGUGAAUUGAGCCAGACAGAAGUUCCCUCAUUUUACUGAUUUGCGUGUUCUGGGACGAGCAAAAUGACUGUAAUUGACUCUUGAGUAAUUAAAGUGAACUCUCCGUUGAGUGAGAAAACACUGAAUAGCAUAAACAAAGCAGGUAAUUAGAUUUUAAAGCAUCACCUGAAUGCUUGAAAUAGACUUUCAUAUUUGUUUAAGUGAAAGGUUCAGUAAACCUGCCUAUAGUCUCUCUGUUGUUAGUGAAUCAUCUCCGUGUUGCUGCCAGUUUCUUCUUAACUAGAUUGCAUUAUUGCCAACUUUACAAUUACCUCCUACUUAUUUGUUUGGACAUUUUCAGCACUCGGUGUGUGUGUUAUCCAGUAAACAACCCCCCUCUCCUUCGCUUUGUUUGAUGAAGGUAAACAGCCUGACAGCCAUACCAGAUUACCUGAAAAGGUUCACUUCCCAGAUCGUCUAUCAUCACACCCUUUAACAACAGCACACACUCACUCACAGUCUAACUUAUUCACCGUGUAUUUAAACAAAGCACUUAUUUCACUCUGUCUCCUCUUCUCUUUACUGCAUCAUACCGUCUCUUCUUUGUUCUCUCUUUGUUGACUUUUCAUUUACCCUCUUCCUGUCAGAGUGCCUCCUGACCUUUACCAAGCAAAACACACACAAACACAUAUUAGCACACACUAUACAUGAUACACUGUGGUAAAAGGAUGAAUACGGCUGUUUGCAAAGGUUAUCUCGCCUGUAGCUAUUACCAGCUAACACUACCUGGGUAGGUUUUAGCCGAUGAAUACUAAAGUAACAUGUGUUUGCAUAAUUCAUGGCAGCUGUUCCUUUUUUAGUGCUACUUACACUCUCGUUACACAGUACAUGUUUUUAUGAUUUGUAGCGCAGCAGCUGUUGCAUAUUAAGUCUAUCGUGGACAGCUCCUGUCGAAAGACUGUUCAUUUAAGUAACAAAAGAAACCUACGAUGUCUGAGGCCGUCUUCUUUGCAUGAAAAUACAUAUCGCACACCUUCAUGGGUGAAGACACCCAGUUUGAUUUAAAGUCUGACAAAUGAGCAGCUUUCUGCAGCUCUUACAUAAACAAGGCUUUCUAAUGUCAAUGUAUUCAAAUUAGUGCUCCAACAUAGACGCUCGGCGAGACUCGCAUCUUCAUUCCUUUAGCACAAAGACUGUAAACAUGUAUUUUGUCGAAGUAUUUUUUCCUUAGAUUAAGCUACUAACAAAGAGCUACAGUGAAUCAUCCCUGGAGGGUGUGUUUGGCAAAGAUCAAGAGAUAUUUAAGCUUUCACAUUAAUAUUCAGGUUAACCUUUCACCAUCUCCAAUCCUGGGAGCCCCUGAAGAAACAAUAAAAUAUAUCGCCAAGUUUUUCUUUCUUUCCGUCAAAGUUAUUUAGUGAGUUUAAAAGAUCAUCAUAGUCAAGAUAAAGUAGGAGUACUUUAGCGGAUAAAAUCUGAAUUACCUUGAACAGAACAUCAUUGCUCUUAGACUAAAGAAAAUACAGUCUCUCUGUCACGUGCAGUGUUUAUACAAUAAGUCAUGCUGAAAAUAAGCUGCACCAUAAAAAUUAAUUGCUUACAGUAUAUCUUGUCGACACGAUGUUGGUUUAGCUGACUAAGACAAUUACAUUCCAAUUACAGAGGAGUGUUUUCUGUUUAUUUAUUUAUUUAUUUUACUUCUACAUCAUUCCAUACUGUUUAGAAACGAACAGACUUGAUGUUUAGACUUCAUUUACAGACCAAAAACUAAUCCAUCAGAUUAAUUGGAGCAGUAGUGGAUUAAAGUUGUUGCAGACAGCCCCACAGCAUGAACCUGCCUUGAUUUAUUGAGGUGAGCCAUGAUGAGGCUACGUAACUGGAAGAAGAAAAAAAAACUGUUCGUCAGCAUUUUGUGUGGUGGAAUAACAUUUAAAAGAAUGAUGUACGAUUACUUGAAGCUUUGCUGCUCAACAAAAAAGAAGACAGCUACGUUUGAAAAUGACAAACUGCCGAGGAAACACGAACUUUGUUUGCUGAUGCUUUUCUCCAUUUUUCUCUGACACUGAAAGGUCUACAUGAAUAGAAUUAUCUGUUAACAUAUUUGUUUAACCCAAUUCCUUUUCCGAUAAAUACUCUCUACAAUACCAGAGAUGUAAGAAAAUGCAGUAAAAUUAUACCCGAAGUCUAAUGUUAGAGUGAAAAACCUUUGCUUGAUUUGAGUGGCUCACUACCUCUGCAUUGUUUUGCAACUGCAUAUUUUUUUAGUACCAUGCUUGACAUCUUAGCUUAUAGACGUGAUUCUGUUAAGAGAUGCAUUGGAGGGUACGGAGUCCAAUCUUUCCUCCUUUACUGUCCCCAUCCUGGAUUACCUGUGCCGUUCACCAUAUGGCCUUCCCUCCAAAAAAAGCCCUACAGAAACCAUGCUGCAGCACUGAUUCGACUCGAGGCUUACCUGUGCCGUGGCUCCCCCUCGUUGCCUCUUUGAUGAAGACUACCAUUCCCAGGCUGUCCUAUUCCUGUUCUAUGGGCUUAGCUGUCUGUCGGCUAAACUUCACCCCCUUAUCUUCAUCGUGGUCUGUCCAUGCCCUUCACAUUUGCUAUCUAGUUUGUCAGGAGGCCGUUCAUAUUACAUGGCCCCCUCCUCCUGACCUGACAGCUGGGUUUGCCCGGGGCUGUCAGCAACAAACUCUGGCCAAAAUAAUGGCGUAGACAUACGUCAUACACCCUGUAUGACAUACGUCAUGGCAUACGUCAUGCAGGGUGGGAGGAAACGAGCCAGCGCUGAUUUCGGGGCUGGGAGAGAUGGAGAGGAACGUCCGCACUACUAUGUACCAUCUUUUUAAAGAAUGCAGAUAUUUUCAAUUGGGGUGCUGAACGUUCAGGGACAGUUCAGUGCUCUAUGACCAGUUUCGUCAGCGGCAAAAGGAUGGAAAGAAGUAAAAACCUUGGGUUUGUUAAAAUCAUCUUGCGCAAAUCUGGCAGGGUUUGAGUGGUAAGCGCUCGUGACCAAAAUACGACCAAAAUGGUGCUGACGUGUCACGCCUCAGAACUACGUGGUGCGGCAUGUCAGCAAGCUGUGUGUUGUGAUAUAGAGAGAGGAGCGAGUUGAGACCCCCGCUCACCGCAGAGAUACAUUUUCCUUGAAAGUAAUGAAACGAAUGCAAGCUUUAAAUCUGAAAUUGCGCAAAUGAUAUUUUGUAGGCCGUUUUGAUAAAAGUAAAAAUUAAACAUAUAUUAAUCUACGACUUCAAUUUCUGGGUUGGGAUCUAAUUGGCAGGGUGGGGGGUAUCCGUUGGCAGGGCGCCCCGCCAACGAGUUUUGUCAUGUUAGUUUUGUUUCUUCGAAGGAGUUACACAUUGCAUGCCAAUACAUUAUAGGGGACACACUGCUUGUGAUCUGGAUUUCAUGCUCCGACUCUAUGUUGGCGAGUUCACAUCUUUUGCAGAGGUGGAGGGUUGGCCAAUGAGUAUCAACCCACUGUCCCGCUGCAGCUUUUUGAGUCCAAUAUCUCCUUUCCUUUGCUGUGUGCAGCAUGGUAUUGUUGUACGAAUUUUGAUAAGGAUUUUUAUCAAAGUUUGAUGACUUUGGAUUGUGAUCACAUUUUAAACUCUUGGGAUUUGGAUACGGUGGUUUAAUUUUAACAGUUUAUUCAUAUAUAUGCCAGUGAAAUCCGAUAAAUGUACAUCAGACCACUUGCCGGGUUGUUCUGUCUAGUCUUCUUCCUGCUCACAGCUGUGCAACUAAUUGUUGAACUCAUCGCACUUCUGUACUGUUUUUAGGAGACUGCUUAAUUACACAGAUGGAUGUGAUGUUCUCUGUGUCAGUGAGUUUGUUUAUCUUUUUAACACAACCUGCAUGAGCUCUUUGAACUUUUUUUUCCACUCAGGAGUAAAUGCACUGAGGUACUUUCAGGGCCGUGGUUAAAUGACUCCACUUGUGCUCUCAGGCUGCAAAUGGGCGUGCUGACAGAAGAUGGAGAAAAGGGAAUGCUUCAAGUGUUGCAUGAAAUCUUGCAUCACUAUGUCUAUCUGAUAUGUGUCAGAGAUGUGCAGAAAUGGCAAACACUGAGUUUCUACCUAACCUUAUCUUUAAAACUGUCACUGGCCUGAGGUUCUCUGGUGAUUUUGGCUCGAUUCCAUAGAGGGGUAGAGCGAAAACAGCAUCUUUUGAAGCUUAGACGUAUACACAUCUUUGUAUACUUCUACACUAAAAAGGCUGUUUUUUCUGGUCUUUUUUAUUUAUCCUAAAAACCUGAAGCCCUUUUUCAUAUGUUGUCAACAAAUAUAAGUUGGUAUAUUUGUGGUAGAAGCAUUGCAGUUGUUUUUUUAAAGAUUAAUUUGCCCUUCAGUGGUACGUAGAGCAUGCCAAACCAAUUUCCAAAGUCAACGUUUCGACUCUUUCAGAAGUGUUUUAGGCAAAUUGUGUAGGUGACCUGUGUGUUUGCUUUAAUAAAAGACAGGCAACAAGUUAUGGAGUGUGACUGUUGUGUUAGCUUUUCCAUCCGUCUCUCAUUUGUUCAGUGAGCCGCGAUUUUACUUCCAGACCACCUUUAUGUCUACCAUCUACCUAAUGAACGCACACACAGACAAAUUCAGUCCUAACACUGUCAUUAAGAAACACGCAUUUACUUUGUGGCUCUUGAGAUUCAAAGCUGCAUACACUGUAAUACACACACUCACACACGCACACACACACUCAGCUCUGCACUCUAAUGAAUGGAGCUGAAUUCUAAUCCAUCAGAUUAAUUGGAAGUGCUGGGCUAUAGAUUGAGGAAUUUUUCAUUCGCUGAGCAUGGCUCCUGCCCAAAGCCUCCAUCUGCAGUUUGAUGUUAAUGUUAAAGAGGCAACAUGCAGAGAGGCCUGUUUUCUGAACAUGUACAUAUAUUCAUUUAUUUUUUUUAUUUAUUGACUUAUAUACCCAUUUAUGGGUUCAUUUAUUCAUUUUCUAAGAAAAAGGAUGAUAUUACUUGUGGAUACUGAUACUAAUUCUGUGAUAAUGGGUGUUUUAUUUAACAGUUCAUUAUCAACUUGUUUACUUAAGCUUGUUUAUUUAAUAAGGAUUUCCAUUUGGACCACUUAGUUUGAAAUAUUUGCCAUUUAUCAAUACUUUUAUUUUUUUUUGUGUUGUGCCCUCUUAUUCCUGUAGUUGAAUGUUUUUUGAAAAAGUCUUUUGCACUGUUAAAAAAAAAACACUCUGGGAUGAGUAAAUUCAGACAUUUAAGCGUCUCAUCUUGUCGUCAACCCACUUCCAAUUUGAAUACUGAUACAACACUGUUCUUUAAAAUCUUCAGAUUGGUUUGCCAGUGUGAAGAGUGUCAAGUGACACUUUGUGAGUUUUGUCGUGUUAGUUUUGUUUCACUGAAGGAGUGUUGAUAGCACUUACACAUUGUAUGAUGGAUAGACACUAAGCAGCCUCUAUUAUAAGAGGGAAUGGGUGUCCAUGACUCAGGUAGACAAGCAUUAAACCUAUAAUAAAUAUAACCUCUCGACUCUGUGUGAAUGUGCGUGUGUAUGCAUGUAUCAAGGACAUGUUGGAGUAGAGUUUUAUUCAUGUGUAGGGCUCUAGAAAUAAGUAGCCAAAGCUCUGUCUUAUCACCGUUAUCCUCUGUCUUAUUAACUCAGCUCAAUCUGUCUCAUCCUCGUCCUCCAUCAGAUGAGGUUUGUAUGAUUUUAUAAUAUGAAAAUGUACUGAUAUUGAACUGAGGACUAUGAGCACUACUAGACAUCCCUGUGUGUGAAACAAUCAAAGGUUACGCAUAGCAUGCACAUCUCUCUGUCUGAAUUAAGUGCUCUUUAAAUCAUCGCUCUGUUGACAUUAGACCAGAACAUUGCUUUUUUGCAGCCUUUAGACAUCCAUGUGCCUGACCAGACCUUUGAAUAAUGGCACUUAAGGUGACAAUAGCUACGUUUACAUGGGCACAAAUAAUCGGAAUAAAUACCUGAUCGGAAUAAAACUGCGUCAUGUAAACAUGUUGAUCGGAAGAUUCUGAUCCAAUUUGGCUCAAUCGGAAAGAAAGUGUAUUUUGAUUGAGAGGGAUGGUUUAUGCUGAUCGUUGUUCCGAAACACGUCAAUAUAAACACUUAUUCCGAUCGUAACUCUCUUACCUGACUCGAUCUUCUCUCUUUAGCCUUUGGCUUAUUAAUUGAGGCCAGUACAGGAGGUUUCAUUAUUAACACUCUGGCAUAAAUACAACCGCAGGUGCCGUGUCUGCUCCUCCGGUAGCAUAAUAAGGCAAAUAUACAGUGUAAUGAUGUCACAUCUGCACACAUAGUGCAACCUUUGACAGAACAGUAAAAUAAGUAAGCAAGGGCGUCAUCUAGUGACAACAUUUAACAGGGGAAUUAUUUGGUUUUGCACUCAUAUAAACAGUGGAUUCAGAUUAUCCGAUCCCUCAAAUUUUCAUUGGAUCAAGAAAUUUUGCACAUGUAAAUGUGGCUACUGAAAACUUUGUUGACUAGAAACUACUAAUGAUAGUUGCAAUGCACUAUGCGCUGAUUUCUUCUUCUUUUUUUUGCUCUGAGAAAGAGCCCUAAAAGAGCAGCUUUUCUUUAUUUUAUUAGCAGAUUCUUGAUGGUCUUAAAAAGAUUUUACAUCCCUCUAUUUAAAGAACUUUGAAUGGAGGCAGCUUGUAAACCCUGAUGUCAUGCAGCUUAAGUGUUUCUGGCUUUUAUCUUUUGGACCAUUUCACCUCACUGUACCUAUGUUUUAAUUUUUAAAAGGGCUUGCAGCAGCAAUCAGUUAUGUGUUUCUAAUAAAGUACAGCAUUCCCAAAACAAACUUGUUUUUAGCAAGUAUAUAAAAGAGCCCAGGUUUGUCAAUUAGGGAAGCAUCUUUGUAAUUCAAAAUUCCCGGCUAAUGCAGAACAACCAGUUUGUGUUGAAGACAAAGUGAUCUGUUUCAGCCCUGUGCCUUUGCCGUCUUUAUGUCUGCAUUCGAGUGCAAAAAAUCUUCAUUUAUCUCCACUGAAGCAAGAAAGAGCUGUCCACCCUUCACUCCUCCUCCUUUGUCAUAUUCUAUUCAUCUCUCCAUCCUUAUUCCUGUCUGAUAGGGAAAUAAAUGAACACUGGGGCAGUCAAGUGGAAAAACAGACCCUAGAUGUGCUGUAAACCUAGACGUUAAUAAUCCGCUGGGAUUCAACACUGUGCAACUCACUGAAAGACUUCCUCCCUCCCACUGUCCCACUAUUUGUCUCGUUUCCACAAGACUUGCACUGUGUCUUCCUUUGUCUGCUUGUCUGAAUCCCUCCCAUCACACGCAGACAAAUGCCAGUCAAAUCAAGUCUCUGUCGACUUCCAGAGUAGCUGGCUUUUACAAAGUUUGAGUCAGAGGCGUUUCACUCUGUGGUUGAGUUCAGGAUAAAGUCAUUGCUAUAAUGGCUGUACGAACAAUAAGGUAUACAGAGGAAAAUAACAGUUAAGGAAAUUAUGGACAGAUGAAUCCAAGAAACAUCUGUAUGUGUUCUUGUGAGUAAGUAUAGACAUAAAAAAUAUCCUGAUCUCACCUUAAGACUGUCAAACAGAAGUACUAACUGGCUACAAUAACCCCUCAUUUCAAAAACCCAUUACUCUUGUGUCUAACACUUAAACUGUUUCUGUAAAAUUGUUUAUUACUCCAAGUAAAGGUCUAGGGCUGGGCGAAUUGGCCUCAAUAUCACAAUAUAUUAAGCAGUUCACCUCGAUAACAAUAAAUAAACGAUAACUACUCCACAGACUGCUCACCCCUUCCCACAUUAACUCCGUCUACUUCAGCCGCCACUAUAGCUGCUACAACUUUAGAACCGUCCUCCAUCUCCUCACCUGUCUUUCCCUCUUUGUUACGGACUGGAUGGGGUGGAGUCACGUCUACGAUGUAGGACAGCACCUUAAAGGGACAUGAGACCAUAGCCUACCUACACACAUUAAAAAAAAAAAACAACAUUUUUUUCUUUUUUUGGCAAAGAAUAUAUUGACAUGGGUGAAAUGAUGUUGGUUGGUCCAGCCCUAUAAAGGACACCUAGAAACUUUAGAAUUAUUCACUACAAGCCCCCAGUUUAGGUUUGUCAUCCAGACUCCUACCUAAGGAUUCUUGUUUCUCUAUUGUUGUGGACUUCAGCAAUACCUUCAGAAAUGUGCAAAAAAAGAAAGAAAAGUAGUGUCAUUAUUUGUGAUAUUUGAAGUAUUUCCGCUCAACAACAUGUCAACAAAUAAAAAACUUUGAUCGAUGAACAAAUGUUGAUGUUCUCGUCGAUAAAAAACAGGCGCUCUCACACAGAUUCCCUGCUAAUUUGACUCGCUAUUUCACAACUUUUUGAGUCCUUGUGGUGUUGCCAAUUACAUGAAUGAGGGGGACGGAGCAGCAAUCAUUUAGCUGAAGAAGAAGACGAAGAAGUGGACAGACAUAUAAUACCUAAAGACUCAUUAAAGACAGCAGGAUGUCAGACAGCCAUUAAAGGAAAAAAGCCAAGAGACGUGCUUGUCACAUUAGAGCCAUAAGGGAGAACAUUUUUUUCAGCUCUUUAUGCUGAGACAAGAGGACAGAUGAAGGAUGCACUUAAGUCUGCAUAAUGAGUUUUACCCAUCUGUGAUAGGUCCACAUGCUCUCCAUGAUAAUAACUAGUAUCGUUUUUUUUGAAUCUCCAGGCGAUUCUCACCCCAAUAAUUCUUAUUUACAAUGAAGGCAGUGAAGGAGGGUAGUAUAAGUGUCAAAAAUGAGUAAUACUGAUUUUUGUGAGUGUGUAUGUGUUCGUGUUCCUGAGGGGUUAGAUUGACUUCCCUGCCCACUCAGUAAAAAGGUAGCACCUCUUUCCACCAACGCACUACAUGAUCGAGAUAUUUAUGAGUCACCAGUGCAUACUAACUCAGUGUGAUCUGUACACACACACAAACACACACACACACACUCACUCACACCUGCUCAUACACUGACAAAACCGCCACUCGCCCUAAUUACAUACAAAGCAUCACGCUGUUACUGAGAUGUUUGAGCGAAAGGAUCCUGUAUGUGCUGUUGUUGUUUUGGUAAUUUUGAAAACGAGAGAAGCUAUUUUGGCUCAAACCAAACCAGGGACAGUCGUAUUCAUGAGAGAAGAGGAUGCUGAGCAUCACUGUAGGUCCAACAGCCACCAGAUGUUAGUUUGGACGGGACCAGACUCUGAUGAUUUAAUCCUAAGAACUCCUUUUAAUCCUUUUUCCUGUACGUCAUCCUUUUGCUCUUCUGUAAUGUACACACUGUUUCAGAACAACCUAACUCUCUAUUUUUGUACCAUAUUUUCAUGUGUUCAUUCAAUAUCAAAAAUCCCCUCAAGAUGUUGCCUAAUUUAAUCUUACAUGAUAUUCAAUGACCAACAUUUCUCUCUGUUUUUCCUCCACAGAGUUACAUCCAUGGCAGCAGUCAGGCUCAGUUUGUGGCUGAGUCUCACAUCAUCCUUCUUCUGAGUAUCCUUUUGGAAACAUGUGUGGUGUCUCGGUUAACCCAUUCAGGGUUUAAAUUCUAGGCCCUCAGGGAAGUCUAUUACCAUCCCAAAAAAAACUGAAUAUUUUAUUAUCUGUUACAUUUGUGUACAUAUAGACAAGCUGAUACACAAUCCAGUGCAGUAAGUGGUGCUAUGAGUUCUGCAAAAACAAGACAAGAACAAGUGCAGUCGUAACGAGUUAAGUCAAAAUGGUUCUACUUGUGUGGACGCUUUCACUUCUUACAGAAGGAGAACAGGAUUCUGAUUUGUGAACAAAAGCCAGUCUCAUGAGCUACUUCAAUACUUGUUUUAGUUUAAUGAAUUCCCCAUGAAAUUCCCUAAAAUCUCCCUGUGUUUGUAUUCUCUUUGAGCAGGUUUGUGCCGUGAACUCAAACAGCAGUUGUGUGUCCAUAGCGAGUAGUGAAAGGGACUACAUCAGGAAGUGUUAAGCGUCGUUCACGUCAUCCGUCAGGGAAAAGAAAAAAGAAAAAUCAAUCCUUUUCAGGGGCCAUAGAAAAGAAAACAGCUGUCCUGCCAUGAAUUCAUAAAGUAAACGGUAUCUGAUGUCCGAUGUAAUAAUCAUGAUGUUAGAUUUUUUCAUGAUGGUUCAUUUAAACUUAAAGAAAUCUUAGCUGGCCUGCCAGACUGUCGAUGCUCACUUAUUUAUAAAACUGACUCGUUUUUCUCCUGUUAAUAUCUACAGUAAUUCCUUCUUCUGUAUUUUCUGCUAUAUUUAUUUCCCCAACAUGAGAACUCUGUUACCUUGUGCAUUUCCCAGAGGGGAGCUGCCUGCUGCUGGGCCGGACACAGAAUGCAAAGAUAAGACGAUGUCCUCUUGUAACUUUCAUCUCUUUGCCUGAUUUGUUUCAAAUUCCACCCCUGGUGUUGGCUGUGUGCGUGUUUGUGUACUUGUUUAACAGAAUUGAUGUUGUUGUUUGUAUAUAUCUCCCUCUUUGUCCGCUUGUGUACCUCUGUUGUCUUUUAUGUGUGUGUAAUGAUAACGUUCAUUCCCUGUUGUUGUGUUUGAGCCCAUGGGAAAUAACAGGUCCAAGGUCGCACCUGCUGCAGAGCAAUAUUUGUUUGUCCGUGCUCACAGUUUAUUUUUUUUCCUCUGCCCAGCUGAUUGCAUCCAAAUGAACCACGUAUUCACACCUGCUGAAAGGCUAAAACACACUUGUUGUCUGAGCAGGUGGUGAGACACUCUUUAUGACUCUGUUUCCCCGUGGAGGUAACCUUAUUUCAGUCAAGACUUCAUAUCCACAUACUGCUUCCAGUUGCAUUGCUAUUCCAUCUUAGGAUUGAAUAGAAACAUGAAGGCAUGCCGCUCCCUCAUUCUGACGCUGAAACAAACAUAAAGACAGAUAGAUGCAGCCCUGUGUUGUGACGGUUAAUAAUCAAUGGCUCUAUAAAAACAUCUUUUUAAGAGAAGGUGUUCCUACCACUCCGAAGAAGCUGCCAAACACGCUCCACAAGAUUGAUCUCUUGGUUUGUACAAAAGGGAAAUGAUGACAGACCGGGCAACACUGAAACUUUUUAUUUAUUUAUUUUUUUCUUCAGUUUUAAAAGUGAACAGUUCCAUUUUUACCUGAUAUAAGAUUUCAGCUGAUGAACAGUUCAGGAUCUCUUUUGUUCAGAAACUGGUCUCUUUUGUUUCCAAAUGAAGGGGUGAUGCAACACGAUGAUAAACACACCUCUGUCCAUGCUUCUUUUAAAAACGUAACACUGAAUUGUAGUUGUUGAAGUACACAGUAUCAAUGAAGUCAUGCCAGGCGGAGAAACGAACAAAUGAUUUUUUUAGUCAGGUCAACAUUAAUACUAUAGUAGCUUUGGAUUAACUUUCUACUUGAUGACUUGGCAGCAUGUUUUUGUACACUAAUAAAAUGAGAGGUGUAUUUCAGCGCACUAUGGUCAAGUUUUGAAUGAUGUACUCAGUCCAGAGCCACUUCCUGUCACACCACUCCUCCUUCCAUUUGCAUAGUCAGGGAUGUAGGAAUGUGUUUUAAUGCUGUAAACCACAGUCCAUUAUUAAGGUUUCAAAAUAAGCUUUCCACUGUAGACUGAUGUCACUCCCAUGGGUGACAAGCUUGACACAUGACGCUUAGUGGCGCAUCUUGAUGAAGAACACUAUUCCAUGUAACACCCUCUUGAACCCAGAAGAGCAGUGUUUUAAUCUUGUAUAGGAAGGUAAAACAUGACAGGGAGUCUGGCCAGCCCAAAGUCCCAUCAUCAGACAGGGGGGACUAUAAGGAUAUAUGUGAGCGGUACAGUCAGCAAAAGAGGAAUUUUAAGAAGUGCAUAUGUGAAAAAGACAUAAGCCAGAAGAACAAUUCAGAAAACCCUAUCUCCUUAAAAUUGCAGCUAAUUGUACGCUGCUAAAGUGCAGAUAAUUUAAGGAAAAACACAUUUUCACAAAAGUAUUUCACAAAAGCUCCCUGUCAUUAUUCUGUCCAAAUGUAUUCAUUCUGAAACUGCCACAUCAGGAAACGGCAUGUUUUCAGCUGUAACAGGAUAAGUUAUACCUUCUUUUUAUGACUUUUCUUUUGUUAAGCAGAACAAUCUUUUAGUUUUGCUUUGCUAUGUUUCUUAAAUAUAAAAUACAAUGCUUGGGAUUGUUUUGAAACUAUUUUUUUUCUCUCUUUUAUAACUUUCAAGGUAAGGAGGAGCAACUUUUCAUCAAACUAACUCCUGUUGCAAACCUUCCACUACAGCAUCCAGUGAUAAAAUAGUCAUUAGCCUUGACUCUCAAUUCAGCAGACACAUGAUUUCCUAUCUGUCACAGUUGUUAUAAGCCUUUAUAGGACAGUGUUUCCUGUGGACAUUAUGCACCCCAUUUUGUAUAUUGCAAGAGUGUUGAUGUUUUUGCGUCCACAUAUUCUCUAUGUAUGGUUUUUCUCAACCUGCUCGAGUGCCUCCGUGUCAUGUGUGAAACGUGAAUAUCUGUAAGUGCAUAUUUGUGUCCCGCAGUUCUUCCUGGGGCACUUUUUUACUUCCUAUCUCUCUCCGCUCCUGUAUGCAAGUGUGUUGUUUCCUUGACAACCUUGUCCCAGAUGCUGCAAUCACCAUGGGGAUGGUGCUGCUAAAUGAGGCUGCCACCUCCAAGGGGGAUGUUGGCAAGAGGAGAAGUAAGUUGUGAGAGUCGUUCAUAGCUUUGUUAGUUUUUUUAGUUUUUAUUUUUUUUUCUUAAUUAUGUUCCUUUUCUAAAAAAACUCUCAGACUCCUGUUUUUCCAGUUUCAGAGUGUGAAGGUAUGAGUGUGUGUGUAUGAGCGUUUGUUUGUGUGUGUGCAUGUGUGUUAUAGCUGACAUUGGUGUUAGCACUAACCUGUGACAAUAAUUAUAGCAUAUAUUGCAGACUCAUUAGGGAUUAAUUGGAUGCAUAUGUACGGAUUUGGACUCCUCAUCCAUGAGGACCUUUCUGUUGUCAUUGGUUUCGGUGUCCCCUGUGGACACAGUAGCCCCAUUAUCUCUACCAGUUUUGCUGUGUGCAUGCACAUCCAUGCAGAGACCUUGUUGAAAAUGCCUUAUCAUCAAACACAAGCCAGAAGUUCAGAUAUUAACAGCAUCCGUAACUGCUUUCUCCGCAUCAAUUUUCUGUCCAAACUUCUCAGAAAUCGACAGCGUCUGAUUGUAACAAGAAAUGCGAGAGAAUCCUUUUUCUGCUCUUUGCUUUUUCUGUCAGACUCACCCCGAGUGCUGAGAGGAUUCUGCUCCUCGCAGAAUGGAGUUACACUUUCCAACUUCAUAAGCAAUUAUUUGUGAGGGCUCUUGCUACCAUUCUCUAUCACCAGAAAAUUACAUUUCAUGGCUUGGCUACAUAACUACUCCAGGUUACACUAAAUUGGAGGAACAUCUCAAGAGCCGUCUGUUUUGCUUUCUACUCACUGACCUAUGAUUUGUAGGAAAACCUGUUCCUUUUUUUAGCACUGUACUCGACACCGUGGUGCUUAAAAUCAGGUGCAUCUGACAUGUGUUUAAAAGCAAAUUACCAAACUGAAAGUUAUACUCAGUGCCCAAAAAUCAUGUGCAAGUCUAGGCAGACUCUCAGUUUUCCUUCUCAUAUAAACAAAUAUAAGUAUUAAGCAUGUGAAAAGUAUAUUUUACCUUCAAGUUUAAGUAUCUGUUUGUUUACAUCUUACAUCAAAGCCCCUGCUGGGAAUUUUUAGUUGAUUAUGUAACACACAGCAAUCAAUACCGAUGACUCUUCAUGAACAACAGAAGCAAAGUAAAACAUUAGCAUAAAGAUCAGUUAUUUCUACAUGGGUACUCCUAAUGAACGGGACUGCUGAAAGGGCAAAGUGUUCGAAAUUGCGAUACCGAAUUAUUUUGUUUUAUUAAGUUUAUGGCAAAGAUUUUCAAAGUCAAACAUUUGAAUGUUUCAGAUCAAACAGGGUGACUUUUUUUAUACACAGAAGAAGACGAGAUCAGCAAAACGGUUAGAGGAGCCGUUUCAUACCUUUAAAAAUUCCACACUGGGGCUUUAAUUUCAUUAUCAGUCUGCUGCGUCACCAGUGCAUUGCUGGUAUUCCUUGCAUCCACCCAAUUGUAAGUCAAUACAAGGUAGCAUUUUCUCCAAUUUCCACUAAGAUGUAGUUUUUGGAGUUUUACUUCACAUGAUGUAUAUUGUGGCGGUGAAAUAAUAUAUGUUAUAUGAAAUCAGUCUAAAUUCAAAUAAUAAGAGCAAGAUAACCUUAAAGGUGGGGGGGGGACUGGUUUGGAGGGGUAGUGUUUACAUUUAGGAUUCCUCCCCAAAACUGGCACUUCCUCAGAUCCUGCCUACCCCACCUUUAAAGAGGACCAACUUGCCAAAAAGUGGAAACCAAAUGAGGAAACCCUUUCAUUUGCCUCCCACCUUCCUUUCAAUAGAACUUUUGAAAUGUGACAAAUUUUCUUUUUCAUUGCUGUUUUAGAUCAAAAUCAGUUGCCUCAGAAUCGUUAAAAUCCUCUGAUAAGAUAUUCCAAAAUCCUUGGAGCACAAAGUAGAAUAAAUUUUUCAGAUUUAAAAAAGCUGAUUCUUUUAGUGUUCAAGCAAAAGAUCAAGUUUGACUCAAGAAACCCAUUUUCACAUUCAAAUCAGUUUGAGGUGAAUUUUAUACGACUCCUGAGACCUGCAGCUUUGAGAAAGACGUGUGUGUGUGCGUGUGCGUGUGUGUGUGUGUGUGUGUGUGUGUGUGUGUGUGUGUGUGUGUGUGUGUGUGUGUGUGUGUGUGUGUGUGUGUGUGUGUGUGUGUGUGUGUGUGUGUGGAAGGGGCUUCCUUUGAACUGCAUGGUGCUCUAUGUAGUGAUGAUGAUGAUUGUCUCAAUAAAUCUGUAUCUUGAGACUCCCCUAAUUAAUGUAAUCAUUAUGUUUAUAAUCACUCAGAAAUGGUUUGACCGUUGAUUUGCUUUCGAGGCUGAAGCUAAUGGCGAAGACAAAAAAAGAACAGCUGUACUUAAUGGGGGAGAUAGGCGGUUUCUCUACAGACAUAUUUACACAGACACACACAAGCACAAAUCACAUGCCAUGAAUAAAUCAACUAUUGUAGCUGUACUUUCAUUAGUGUGAUGUGUAUUUGCAUAACUGUCAAUUAGCUGAAGCAGCUUGGAAAAUGAAAGCACUUGUUUGGCUUUCCAGUUUAUCACUGAGAUGACCCCUCACCUGCCUAUAACUACCUCUGAAUACACAAUUACAGUAUUAAGAUGUGUCUGGGGAAUGCUUGAUUAACUUUGGUAUACAAAGACUGUUUUUCUCUCAUUCCUUUGUGAUAAAUCCUUAUGUUAUUUCACUCCAGCUGUGGUACAAAAACUUUGACCAACAACUCGAUUUUUUAUGGCCUUCAAAAAAUAAACUUCUUAACUUUAAGUUCAUCCUCAGACAAAGAGAAAUAUAACUAAUGCAUGAAAAUGAUUUUUGUCUAGCCUUUUACAUUCACAUUGGAAACGAAGCUGCUUUUAUUCUCCAGAAAUGGCAGAAGUGAAGGAACUGCAGAGCGAACACUCUGCACAUACUCUGUCUAUCAUCAGUCAAACAAACUGCAAGAAAUAGCAAAGCUAGUUAGUACGCUUUGUUCUCAAAAUCUGCUUGAAAUUAACAUCUGAUCUAUUCUUGCAUGGAUUAAUUAUGCAAUCACCAACUUGUAACAUGUGGAAAAGAGCUUAAAGGCACUGUUAGGUAAAGACUGGCAGGCCCAGACAAUCAGAUACAAGGACAUGUAAGUAGGAUGCUCAAUAAUGAAGGAGAGGGAUUGUGAAACAUUUACCAAGGCUGCUCGAUUGUGACAAAAUAAUGAGUGAGUCUGUUGAUGGUAAAAUGAUAAAUGAAUAACUUUUUUGAAUAAAUGAUUGGCAUGCACAAUACCUGCAGCCAAGUACACAUUUUUAAACGUCAUGAAAAAUGUUUGGAGAAUGGUUAAAAUAGACAGAUCUAUAAAUUGCAGAUACAGAUUUUAAAAUGUAAAACAUGGUGCCCGUUAAUAGGUGCUGUCAAUCCGUGGCAAAAAGAACUAUAAUUGUUUUCUUUACCAAGAAUAUGUGCAGAUGAAAAACCCGAUAGAAGGUCCCUGAUGCCUCCUAAUGAGUCUAACCUGGAGGUGGUAAAACUGCGGCACACUUCACCAUUUCAAACAGGCCACAGCCAUCUGAUCGUGUCAAUGACUUCACGGCUUCUAACCUUUUUAUUUACUGUCUAUGCUGAGGUUUUUGUGUGUAAUCCCUAGAUUACUAGGAGGGGAUUGAGAUAUUAUAUGGCCUGUGCUGCUAAUUACCUCAAACAGAAGGAAACAUCUACACACAAGUGGAAUUUAAUUAGAGUCUGUGUGAUUAAAAAGUAAUUUGAGAAGCCUUUUAAAUGUGUCUCUGGCUACACACUCAUGCAUACACACAGACCAAAGGCAAAAAUUCAGUGUUUUCCUUCAACCCAUGAGUUCACCUUGAAAAGUAACAGUGCAGCUAUUAAAGAGAUAAGACAUUAGAAGAACUCAAGAAUUGUUUCUCAGUGUUACUCUAAACAGGAAACAUACCAUCCCAGAAACUGACAGGAAGUGAUUGACACCAUGAACAAAAGUUUGACUUUCCCUCUGUGUUAUAAGACGGCAUUAUGAUUUAACCCUAUUAUUUUACUCUUUCAUAAAAUAAGGCUAAACCCAGAUUGAAGCCUUGCAACAGAAAUUAAAUCUAAAGAGAGGCAUGCAGAAGGCUUUUCUUGAGUCGCUGCUGACUGGCUUAACCCGUUCAAAAUAUUGUAUCCAUAUUUUUUAUCCAUAUUUUUUAUCCACACCUGAACACCACGAGUCAACAAAACAACAUCAUAAACAACCAUACAUUUGUAAAAGAAUUAAGAAGUCUGGCGGCUGUGAAUUUGAAAGAUCUUCUGAAUCUGUCUGUCCUGCAGUGAAGAGCAAGGAACCGUCCACCACCGUUGUUUGGUGUUUUGUUUUUGUUUUUUUUGGUCCAUCAAGGUGUUAUGAAGUAGAUGAUCCAUGUCUUUUACAACAUUUAAAAGGUUUAACUUGGUGUUGUGAUCAGUGCAUGAUGGGCUAGUCUGUGCCAGAUCUGAUCUGGGAUCAGCGAAAGGUUGUCAUGAGGCCACAGAGAAGUAACGUCAAUCCACAGGAAAAGGGGAGCUCUGGUCAGGAAAAAAACGUUUCAGUUUGAAAUACACGGGAGUUGGCAACCAUAUUGCUAACAUUAUCUGUUCUUACAUAGAUGUCAGUGCCUAGGGAGUUCUCAAAUACAAAUUCAAUUCAAAAAUUUAGAUUCUGACAAUUACCACAACAAAAGUAGACAGUAGUCGAGGUUUGAGAAAGUUGGACUGAGCCAUGGUAUUCAUUUUUGUCUUGCUUCUCUAGUUAUACCAACUGUAGUAACGGCUGCAGGAUAGCAAUACACAGCGGUCUGAAGAGCCAUGUGCCCAACCAAAAAGCCACAAAUAAUGCUCAGAACAGCACCUAACUUCAUCAACAGUACAUAAAGGGUCUCAGCUACAGCACUAGUCACUAAACAUCUUUUUAACUUUGCCUAAUUUCUUUAGCAAAGAGGCUAAACACAACUCACCUACUCUCUUCCAGCAGCUGCUUGUUUGUACGGAGACCUCAGGCAAGUCCAUUACCGCAGUGGGGUGGCGCAGCUCAAGGAAGAAAAUUUAUGAUCAUUUCUUUAUCAUUUUCUUAAAGUAAUAAUCACCAUAUUAAUCAUUUUGCACUGCAGACGCGGUAGUUCCUCUGCCUUAGCAUCUCGGUCUGAUUGCAUUUCCAUGAAGAAAUGAUCAGAAAUGUUCUUCCUUGAGCUGCGUCACCCCGCUGCAGUCGGUAAUGGACUCAUCUGAGAUCUCCGUACAAACAAGCGGCUGCUGGAAGAGAGCAGGUGAGUUGUGUUUAGUCUCUUUGCUAAAGAAAUCAGGCAAAGUUAAAAAGAUGUUUGUUGGCUAGUUCUGUCUCUGGGACCCUUAAAGUACUGUUGAUGAAGUUAGGUGGUGUUCUGAGUAUUAUUUGUGACUAUAGAGUGGCGUCUUGGUUGAGGGUUGAGCGUGGAGUGGUCGACUGCUGUGCAUUGCUAUCUGCGGCCGUUACUAAAGUCGGUAUUAACUAGAGAAGCAAACGGUCAGCAACAUUAAUCUCACCCCGGGUGUCUCACUCGGUGUUAAGGUGUGUUUGACCCUAACUUAAUUUUACGUCGGAAUAUCCCUUUAAGGAAAAUGACCAGGAAUUUGAACCCAUUUCACAUUCAAUUACAAGUCUCGGUUCUCAAACAAAUGCAUGUCACAACUCAGACAGGAGACAUAUCUCCUGCAGCUAAAUGUAAAAACAAAGAACAGUAAUGGUUGUGUGUACCUGGAGUUUGACUCAUUCAAUGUCUCUGGAAGCCAGUGACUAGAUAAACAGGAAGAACAGUUUGGUAUCACAAUAUCCAUUCAUAUUUGCGCUAAUGAGAAGGGCUUAACUUAAUAUGUUUAUUGGCUUUCUCAUGCUGAGGGAAAAUGUAAAUGUAUUUCUCCCAUGGCUAUAUAUCAUGAUUUGAAUUGAGCCAAGUCGCACAGACAAAAGAGGGAUUACCACCUUUGUCGUUGAGGGAAAUCAUUCAGCUUAAACAACUUGUCAUUUCGCCAAGGUCAUAAAUCACUUUGCAUAUUAGCAUGCUUAGUGCGUGUGUGUAUGGAACCAUCAUUAUCCACGGAAGCAUACUGAAAUACCACUCAGUCAUAAUUGAUGAGCUAUGGGAAAAAGAUCCUCAGUAUACUUAAUGAAGAUACACAGACGCCCUGUUGCUCACGCACAUAUGUGGAUGUGGCAACACAGGGGCAUGAGGGCUGUCCCCAGAGACGUGCUUUCAAAUCCGCAGUGCACUCAAUCAAGUCAUUCAGUCAGUGUGUAUUAGCCUGUGUGUGACUGUGGAUGAUGCAUAAGGGCUUGAAUGACAUAUAAAGUGCUCUCUUGCCUUCUCUUACACACACACACACACACACACAGCAAAAGAUAGCUCCUGAGGUUUGCAAGUACGCCUGUUUUGUAGCGUGUGUAUGAGACUGCUGCGACUCUUAAGUUGAAACUGUGUGACAUGCAUGUCAAGUAAAAGAUCGGUGAUGGCGGAGCUGACAGUGAGAUAUGGAAAACAUAGGUUGUCUUAUGCCCACAUGAAUUAGAGAUCCCAGGAGUCACACAUACACACACACACACAAAUCUCAAGAGGCUUAUGGAUGAAUGGCUGCAUAUACACACAAAUUAAUGCUGAGAAUUUGUGUAACAUACAGUUUGUCUAAACAACAUUUUUUUUCCUGACAUUGCUUCCUCUCUCCCUGUCUCUCUCCUACUUACUCUCACACACACUCACACACACUUAAAGAGAAAAAAUGCAUAUCUCACUAUUUAGUCUCCAGGAGAGGUCCUCAUCCUAAUCCCUGAUUAACAAUAUCAGCCAGUAGUGACAGUUUGAUUUAGCACAGUGCUUCCUAAGGAUUAGCUUUACCGUGAGUGUGUGCGCAUUGCACACACACUCACGCACACACAAUGCCCCUGCAGAUUAAAGAUCAUGCUUAUGUAUAUUCUGCUCAAGAAUAGCCACUAAGGAAAUAAGAUGAUAAUAGUUGCAAGCAAAAUUUUCUGCAGGACAGCAGGCUGGAUGUUGAAAGAUUGCUUGAAUAAAGGUAAACACUGUUAAUAAGUUUCAGCUUGAUGAAGUGGACUAGGUAAUGCUUUGGACCUCCUCUCUAUUAGUGUUUUAGCAAAUAUUGCAUAUUUACUGUUUUUAAUUGUUAGUUGUGUCUAUGAAAGUCUAUAUAGGUGCUUGCUUGUGGUUAUGUGUGUGUGUGCGUCUGAGUGUGCACUUUCCUACCUAUCCAAGAGGGGAACUUAGCGUCGUAACAAUUUCACUAAGAGGGGACCGCAUAGCCAACAGGGGACGUGUGUGUGUGUGUGUGUGUGUGUGUGUGUGUGUGCACCGCUGAAAUAAAUGAAGAGGAUGCUCUCAGCAUGUACCAUGUCGAAACCCUGCAAGCACAUUCAGUUUUCACAAAGAUCAAACAGAGAGUUGCAUCAGCACUAAUAAUGUGUGUGAAAUGAUUCAAGCGGCCACCUUUGGCCAGGAAUCAAACAUGCUCCCAGGCUAUUGUGUUUUAAUUAUUAUUCAUUAAUCAAGGUGUGUGUAAGUCCUGUACAAAGUUAGAAAAAUCUGUUAACUGUGUUUAAAAAGUGUAGCCGUAGUAACUUUUGUAGCAGCUACUAUGAUGCUGUGAACCACCUAAUUGUACCACAUGUAUCUUUUUUUUUUCAGUCAUCUGCCUUGUUGGCCUCGGCCUGGUGGUGUUCUUCUUCAGCUUCCUGCUCUCCAUUUUCAGGUCCAAAUAUCAUGGAUAUCCCUACAGGUAAUCCUGGCAGUCGCACAGUAACACAGCACAAACACUCACACAGGUUUCAUCCAGCUUGCUCAAUGGUUAUUUCAAACACGAUAUACAAGUGCACAAUGAAUCUCAAAAUCUUUGAAGUUGACAUAAAAUCGCUGCCAAGUUAUCAGAGACACAGUGCGGGAAUCCAGGCCAAAACUAGAUCCAUCUAUUCCCAUUAUUUCAUCGAUCUUUGGACAGCUGUUCGAUUGGAAACAGUCCCUUCAAAAUGGACACUCUGCUGCACCAAGGCUCUUUCUCUAGUGGGCAUUUGUGCAGACAAAACUUUAGCAGGGAUUUGCACUCCUCCUGCACAUGAACACAUAUUUUCUGCUGAAUGUUAAAAACUAUGGAAUCAUCACGGGUGAGUCUCCGUGUCGUCAUAUAGAAAGCAUGUUUGGACAUUAGAGCCCUUAGGAUUAGUGAGCCGGAACAGCAGUAAUUUGGUCCCACUUUGAGCUAAAGGUCACCACUACAUAAAAAAGAUUUAAUGUGUGGCAGAAAGCACUCGGCAAGUCUGCAGAGUGUGGCUCCGAUUCAUUGCCACCUGAAGCAGGUGUAGGAUAGUAAAACACUUCACAAAAACACCCUCAGCAACAGAAAUCCACCUCUGAAGAUUGGAGGUAUUCAAGAAGGUGAGGACACUUUAGAGGACUGAUACUGAUAUCAUUAUGGUGGAGAAAAUUUUCAGUGACGGCUCAAUAGAGGAGCAGAGUGUCUGCAGAGUUGUCAAAUGAUUUUAAUCCGUUCAUAGCAAGGUUAUUAUAGUUUUGGACUUUUCUUUAUAGUUAAAUUUUAUUUCAUUCAGACUAUUUUUUCUCUAAUUCAGUUAGUUUUAAUUAGUUUUUAGAGUGGGUUUAGAGUGGUUUCUUUUUUUUUUUCUUCUAAAUUAUAAGUAUCAGUUUAGUUUUUAUUAGUUUUAGUUUUUCAUACUUGGAGAUAAGGUUACUUACUUGUGCAGCACCGGGUGAUUUGAAUUUUGGCUCGAGGGAAAAGCUAAACUUUUCGAAGGCAAUCAAUUCACACAGUCUUGUAGACAUGCUAGUCUUGAUAAACAUAUGUACGAGUGCAUCUUCCCACUUGUAGUGUUGCCGCGUGUUUACCGACCAGCAGCUCUUUGGUCGUCAGUGAAAACAGUCCAUUAUAGUUGUCUCCUGCUUCCUGGUGCUACCUCCUGGCCGAGAUGUUGCUCUUUUUUAGGGGAGCUACUCAACUUUGUCGAGGUGCUCACGACAAGCGUUCUUGUGUGAGCUUCUCAAAUGGACUUUCAGAUUUGUGAGGUUUUUUUCCUUGAGAAGUAUUCCACAUACUUUAUUAUGAGUUUUCAAGGCACUUGGUUUUGUCGCCAUUUUCUAGGUGGAAUGGUGAUGAGAAUCCGACUGUAAACAAGAAAUGAUGAACUGGGAGGUGCCGUACGGUGCUGCCAACUCACGGAAAGUUGCUUGAGCGAAACAAAACAAUUACAUAUCAAUCCGAAACUGACAAAAACGAAAACAAAGGGAUUUUUAUCUAUAAUUUUAAUAUGUUUUAGUUAGUUUUGUAAACGCACAAUUCAAUUUCAGAUAGUUAUUGUUUUUUUCUUUUAAUUAAAGUUGUUAUUUAUUUCAGUUGACGAAAAUGUUCUUUUCAAUUCUAGAAUUCAUCAUUUUGUUAUUUUUAAUUAACUAUAAUAACCCUGAUUCAGAGUGAGUUCAGUUGUGGUGGGCAGAAAGAGAAAGCUUUACUUUACGAGUUACCGUAGAAAUUGCAAAAUAAACACAUUUUUAGUUUUUUUUUUUAAGAUGAUACUCCAACAAACUUCAGCAUGAAGGCUAUACUAUUUUAAGUGAGAAUUUUGUUAUUUUUCCUGCUGCUUUUUCACCAAUUCAACAUUACAAAUCAAAGAUUACAGCAACACACACAGUCUAUGAAAAGUACUCCCAAAAAUCACUGUAAAAAGAUGCACCAAAAACAUCCUUACAUCAUUCUUACUUUUUGGAUGUUACGUGAUAUUAAAAAUAUUGAAUUUCUUCAACAUAGCAUGUCAUGAGUCUGAUGUAAAUUCAGUUUGAUAAAAUGAUGAAAAUAGCUGCAUAUAUUUAGCCGAUUGAAGUAGUAUUUAGAGGUGCUGUAACACUGAAUUUAACUGUGACUGUCAUUAAUUAUUUAUAUGAAUGUUGUGAAUUUUUAAUGGGCUGUAUAGAUGUUAAGUGGGGAAUCUCCCUCUACUCCUUCUCCCUUCCUGUUUAAUAAAGACAGAUGCAUCUUCAAAAAGCUUUUGGAACAGUUCAGCCUGAUUACAUACUCUCAGAAACCAUUUGAACCAGCAGGAGGCACUUUUUGAACAAGAUCAUCAUAGACAGCCACAGGUUUUGCCAAACCAGCAUAACAAAAAAACACUUCAUCAUCUCCUCUUCUUUUUUUUUUCCUUUCUCUCUCCUCUUUCUCUUUUAUUGUUUAGCUUCCUUAUUAAAUGAGAGAGAGACAGAGGAGGGAGUCAGAGAAUGGAGGAAAGGCUGUAGGUGAGGAGAAGAGGAUUCAUGGGCAUACUUGAAGAAGAAGAAGAAGAGGCGGCAUCACAACUGAGUUUAGAGGUCAUGGUGGGGUUUCUUUUUUGUGCUUUGUUUUUUUUUUCUUUGUUUCCACGGCUGUUUUAGGCUCUUAUAGCUGAAUUUAAAAUAAGUUAUUCCUUCUGCACCGAAAAAUAAAGAUGUUUGGCAUGCCUGAGUA